CGCCUGACCAGGCUGCAUGUACAUUCCGUAUAAGGCAUUCCACUUUUCUAACGCGUUUUCGGUAAAGCGCCGCGACAGCAUUUACAUUGUGUUUUGGAAAAGAGUGUUAACUGUCAGUAUAGCCAGAAUAAACUGCGUGACAGACCUCGAGUGUAGAUUUAGCAAGGGUGUUGUUGGUAGGGAAGGUACCAGGUGGCCAGACAUGGAUUACGUGGUCUGGUCUGACAGUUCUAAGCAGAAACAGUGAAAUCUCGCUAAAAAAAAAUUCAGAGUGUGGGCUAGUGAGAUUAACGAUGAACUGGUGUAUUAUUGGGCCUGAGAAGAAAAGGAAGAAGUAGAGUAUUGAAGAUCUGCGAUAAUGUCGCAGACAACCCCAUCCGGGGGUGGCAGUCCUGGCAGUAAUCCAGGGGGCAGCCCGAGGACACCACGUGGAGGUCGUCUCAGGGACAAAGUUAAUUUUUUCGAACAAGUAUGGACGUCUGGACGUACACCCAGUACCGAGGACCUUCUAGAUGAGAUCGAUGGAAGCAGAAGGAGUUUCGUCUCGCCGACGAUGCCCAGGCCACCCUCCAGGGCCAGUGACUCUUCCUUCGAAGAAAGUUUCGAGAGGCUCGUGGAAGAGGGUGAACUGAACGGAGCGAAGGUUGUGAAAUUUGAAAAGAUCACCGUUCGUAAAAGCGUUCGGGAAGUUACAACGACGAGCUCAGCCAACACAAGCAGUACCAGCACUGUUCGUGGUACCGGCAUUCUCACAGAAUCUAGCAGGACUCCAAGCGAGGAACACGCCCUGGAGGAUUCGGCUUAUCAGAGCCAUAGCCAUGGCGUUCACAGUCAUGGCAGCAAGUCCAGCUCGGUCACGUCCUUUGCCAGAUUUCCAUCGGAGGAGAGUCUCUCCCAGAGAAGAGGCAGCAGUCCCCAGAAUCCUGGUUCCUCGGACGAGCGAACACCAGCUGAGUGGUACGCAGAGUAUCGCAACCAGAGCUUCCAAAAUGUCACAGCAAGAAUGGAGUAUAAUCGCAGCCGUAGCGAAUACGAUGCGCACAUCGCCCAGAUCAGAGAUGAACAGGAGCGCGUGCAGAAAAAGACUUUUGUGAAUUGGAUCAAUUCUUAUCUGUUGAAGAGAGUUCCACCUCUUCGAAUUGAAGAUCUGAUUGAAGAUUUGAAGGAUGGCACGCGUCUUCUUGCACUCCUGGAGGUGCUGUCAGGCGAGAAACUGCCGGUGGAGAGAGGCCGUAACUUGAAGAGACCACACUUCCUCAGCAAUGCCAAUACCGCACUACAAUUUUUACAGAGCAAAAAAAUCAAAUUAGUUAACAUAAACUCGUCCGAUUUAGUGGACGGACGACCGCCAGUAGUAUUGGGCCUUAUAUGGACCAUCAUUCUAUACUUCCAGCUACGAUCGAAGGAUCGAAGAAGGAUCGAGGAGAACACCAGAGCCCUUGAGUACCUGGGACAGACCUGGGGCAGCCAAAGUAGCCUUGAAAGCCUUGGUACUCAGGGUUCAGCUGCCAGUGAACGUAGACGGCAGAGCAGCGAGAAAUGGAAGCAGGGAGCUCGCAAAACUUUACUCCAAUGGGUGACCAAUGCCCUGCCAAAGGAUGCUGGAAUCCAUGUGCGCGAUUUCGGUGAAAGCUGGAGGGAUGGCAAUGCCUUCCUCGCCAUCAUCGAUGCUAUCAAAGCCAACCUGGUGAACAUUGCCGCUAUGCGUGAAGCUUCCAAUAAGGCUCGCCUUGAGACCGCGUUCCAGGUCGCUGAAACUGAAUUAGGCAUUGCUCGUCUACUUGAUCCUGAAGAUGUUGACGUGCCUCAGCCUGACGAGAAAUCUAUAAUGACUUACGUUGCUCAGUUUCUUCAUAAAUAUCCAGAACCUAGAUCUGCUGGUCCUGACACUUUUGCUGCUGUUCAACGAGAGUAUGACACUCUUCUUGAAUGGCUCAAUGACAGAGUCAGACAUUUGGAUCAGCUCAACAGAACGAACGCCUUCCCGCCAAGCUAUCCAGAAUAUAUGUUGUUUAAAACUGAAACCGACGAUAAGGGAGUGAUAUACAACAAAUUACAAGGUCUGGUGGACACUCCAAGUAUGAUCAGUAUCACUCGAGAUUCUUGGAAACAAAUCGAGACUUUGUGGAAAAAAAUGGAGUCUCUCAUGUUACGUUGGCUGUGGUCUUUGGAUUCUACUUUACCGGGAGAAUUUGGCGAAGUGGGCAGGUGGUUGGCCCAAGCCGAAUCUUUGCUGAUGUCAGAUAACAAUAUACCGGAAGAGAUGACAGAGGAAACAGCGAGUAUAAUCUCUAACAAGCUUGAAGAUCAUAAGAAGUUCUUCCUGGAUCUUCCCGCCAUGACAGAGCUCUUACAGCGUGCAAAGAAUUCACCCCUGGCACCAAAAAUACCCCCGGAACAAUUACAGAACAUGACAUCAAGACUGGAUAGCUUACCAUCACGCGCAGCUAAGCGUAGGAUCCGUUUGAAGUUCCUGGAACACAAGUGUUGCCUGAUCGCGUUCCUUUUCCUCGUCGAGACCAAACUGAAGGGGUGGAGUGUCAAAUAUGGCACCGAGGAGAAGGUCCAUCAGAUGCUGGAACAGUACAGAAAUUUCGUAUCAAGAAACCGGAUCUUUCAGGAAUUCCAAAAAGCUUAUAUGGACAUGCAGCAAGUAGUGGACGAGUACAAGCGCGAGGGUGAAGUCGAUCACGAGGAAAACAUUAACAUCGAUCGAUUUAUGCGCCAGACUGGCGAGAAAUGGAAAAACGUCUCGAUGGAUCUUCGUUGCGUUCAAAGCAUGCUUGAGGAAGUGGUAGCCUACUGGAGACGCUGGACAACUGUCUCAGAUGAAUUCGAAUCUUGGCUUCAGCGUGCUGAGCCCGCCCUGGAACUUCCGGAAGAGGAAAAGAUGGAAUUCUUCCAAGAUAUUAGCGUUUGGAAAGACAAGCAUCAACAGCUGUCAGAUACAGUCAGCUUUUUGAUAGCGACCUCAGAUGAUCAGGUCGCUCUUCAAUUGAAGAAUCGUUAUACCAACUUGAGCGCAAGAUGGGAGAAGCUCUUCCCGGAAGCUAAACAGUAUAUGCACGCUGGUGACUUGUUACGCAAUAGAAAGGACUACAGAGCUGGUGUAGAGACACUUCAAAGUUGGUUAAGAAAUGCUGAAUCAAUCCUCUCCACUACACAACUCUCAUCCACGGAACAGAUUAAGGCUUAUGGGGAACAGUUGAAGGUUCUUCAUAACGAAGUGGAAGGUAUUGAAGACCUCUUCAAGAAUAUCAGCAAGAAGUUUCAGACUCUUAUACAGGAUCUAUCACGUGAUGAAGUUGAUAAAAUGAUGAAUACUCUGAAGAAAGAGAAAGAGGCUCUCGUUAGAGUUCGUGCGUUGAUACCUAUGCAGCUGCAUUUAUAUCACCAGCUAUUGGUCCAGCAAGAAUCUUUGGAAGCUGGACAGAAGGAAAUAUCCAAUUGGCUAGAUGAUGCUGAACGUCUACUUGCUGGUAUCAAUCUUUCCGGAGGACGAGACUCAGCCCUGGCUCAACUUGAUCGCCACAAAGCCUUUUUCUCUAGGACACUCUAUUACAAAUCCAUGCUGGAAUCAAAGAACAAGGUCUUCUCCAGCAUUGUGAAGUCCGUUGACAGCCAUGCUAAUGUAGACACAGCCGAAGGUGGUGCUGCUCUUCGUGAAUUAAACGAACGUUUCGCCCAGGUAUCACAAUCAGCUCAGCUAGCGGAACAACGUCUUCAGGAAGCUGUUCGCUGUUGGACCAAGUUCCGUGAAUGCGAGAGACAGAUAUCCGAAUGGCUCUCUGCAGCUGAGACCUUGAUAAAUGAUAAGCACAUUGACAAUAGACAAUCAGUCGAGUACCACAAGAAUUUCUUUGGCAAGGUUAAUGAAAAAUGGAUUCAGGACUUGGUCAACACUGGUCAGGAUCUAAGAAAUGCUAUUGAACAAGAAGCACCAAUUGUCGAAGCUGUUGACUUCCUGCAAAAGCGUUGGAAGGAAGUUCUUACUUUUGCUCCACUUCAUUUAAUGAGACUCGAGUUUCGGCUCGACGAAGCUACCUUUCUACAGUAUCUUAAAGAGAUUGAAGUCGAGAUCAAUUCUGAACAACAAGCGCUCAUUAAGAACGAUGAGGUCGGCAAUAUAUUGCAGCGCAAUAAGGAUUUCUUUGUCAACCGUGGAAUCGUGCUCGAAGUCGAACGUUGUCUGCAGACCUUGAAGAAGAUCAGCACUGCUUAUACUCAACUGAAACCAAGCGACAGUAGCCUGAAUGAAGCUACUCAAAAGGCUGAACAUCAGUGGGAAGAUUCAGCCCAACGUAUUGAACAACUGCGGGAACAACUGCGUCAAGUGCCUGAACAAUGGGCUGCCUACAGGGAAAAGUUCGCUGAAAUGGUGCGAUGGAUGGAUCACGUUGAUACUACCCUGAGAACCAUUUUACAGGAAGUUAAUACCCUGGAGGAAUUCGAACAGGAAAGAAGCAUAUUCCAGCUUCAGACGUUAACGAAAAUUUGUCGCGAAGCUGACAGCAAACGUGAGGAGAUGAAGUGGCUGGUACAGACUCUGGACAGCCUCACAUCAAAUCGUACAGAUCACGCCGCCGUCACAGAACAGAAUCAGCUUGAGCAACUAAUAACGCGUUACAAAAAUCUUAUCCCGACUAUAGAGAUUACCAUGACGAAGACUGACAUCUAUUCGAAGAGCUACACUUACAGAAAAGAAGUGCGUGAAGUCUGUACUCUAUUGAAAAAAGUUCGCGAUCAGACGUCUAUUCAAGAAGCUUCUGAGAAUCCUGAAACUCUGACAACUGCUCUUACCCAUCAAGAGACCCGCCUGUCUCAGCUCGAACAACAGCGAGCCAACAUUGUUAGCAUGCUUCAGCGCGGUAAAGAUCUACUAAAGGAUCAGCACGCUCCGACAUUCGUCUCCACAGAAGUUCAGCAUCUUGAAAUCAGCUGGAAUGACACGUAUGGCCAGAGCAUCGAGGCCUUGAAGGUUCUGAGGGGAUCUCAAAAAUUGUGGAACAGUUACCAACAGCAAAAGGAUGAGAUUCUGAAGUUGAUCGAGCAAGCUGACAAGGAGUUAAAAAAUAUUGGUACGGGUUAUCACGAUUCUGCUCAGGUAUCCGCUGAUCUGCAAAGCAAGCAAGAGCUCAGUAUAUCCUUGAGAAAAGCUGCUGAAGAAAUGUUGAGAAAGCUACGAGAUAUUCACGCCAAUCUUAGUGAAGCUACUGUGCCACAAAAGAGACCUUUGUUGGAAAAAGAAGUGACUGAUAUUGAGAAGAAACUUCAUAUCACAUUAGAAACUGUUCAAGAGAGAGUUGUCUAUCUUCAGCAAUUCAAUGCUAGAUGGACCAAGUUCCAGGCUAGACUUGGCGAGCUGCAGACCUGGACCCAACAAAGUGCACCACAAUUGAUUGCUAACAUUCAAGAGACCUCGACUUCCCCCGAGGAGAGAGUACGCAAAACGGAGAUUUUGCAGAAACAGAUCCACGAGAAGAUCACUAUCCUAAAGGUGCUUGAGGAAGAAUCGCGAAAGCUUAUAACAGAUGACAGUGAAAACGUUGAGGCCAAGGCCCUUCGUUCUGAGAUUAAAGAUCUUCAAAAUGCUGUACAAUCACUGAACGCGAGUAUAGUUACUCAACGUGAGAUUGCCACCAAAAACCUGACUACUUGGAAGGAAUAUGAAGUUGGUAUCCAGCAACUGAAACCCUGGAUCGAACAAGCGGAAUCAAAGGCUGCAUCAAUCGGAUCCAAACCCACUACUUUGGACCAAGCUAUAAAGAUGCUAGAAACUGCCAAGGCCUUCGAGAAACAGUGCGAGGAACAUCUGCCAAGGGUUCAGGAAUUAUCAGUGAUAAGUCAGCAGAUUGCUGGAAGAACUGCAGCGCCAGAUGAAGUGGAUGCUGUUCACACUAGAUGGAACGCUGUUCAUGAUGUAGCAAUCCAAACCACAACAAAGCUGGAUAAGCUUGUCUCCUCCUGGAAAACCUUUGAGACAGAAGCCAAAGAAUUUAACGUGUGGCUGCAAGACAGCGAGAAAACUGCAUUGGUCGAGCCCAAUGUGCAGACUCCUGAAACUGGCAAGCUUGAGAAUGAAUUGGCUCGAUUAAAGGAGUUCAAUAAAGCCAUUUCUGAUCGUCAAGCUCAAUUGAUCUCUCUGACCCAGGUGUCAGAUCAUAUCAGUCAUGGUCUAGCCUUAGAAGGUGCUACUAAUUUGAAGGGUCGUGUGUCUGAGCUGAAAACACGAGUAAACAAACUGGCUGAUAUCGUGAGACACCAGAUAAACCGUGUGUCUGAUGCUCUGCUAGCUCGACAAGAGUUCCAAAUGAAGAUCACUGAUUUCGAGAACUGGAUGAGCAGACUGAGAACUAAUAUUGCUGAAAUUAGCGAAGUGAAUGUUGACAAUGUAGACACGAAUCUUCAAUCAGUUCAUGCAUAUCUUCAAGAACACUCAGAAAAACAGCCGUGCUUUGCUAGUAUUUACGAGGAAGUGAAACAUCUAUCUGCUCAAGGGUCUCCCGAAGAAGCUAAAGCGUUAAACGAGAUUUACACUUCAUUGGCUAAGAAGUAUAAAGCUCUGGAAGAUGACCUUUGUCAAAAGAAGAAGGGUCUAGAGAAGUGGGCAGAGCUGCUCAGCUGGCACAACGAGACCAGUGCUCAGUUGAAUCAUAGUAAAUACCAAGUUGAAGCUCAUAAACCAACUAUACCAGAUCUUGAGAGACUUUCGUCGGAGCUUCAAAGUGUUCACACAAAGAUCAGUUCCUGGAAGGAACAGAUAUCGAUCAUAGACAGCUCCAUGGGUGUACGAGUGCGCGAUAAACAGGAGAAGCCCUUGACAGCUUCCGCUUUAGUGAAUGAUCUAGAAGCCAAAGCAGUCACACUUCAAACGGAACUCACUGCAAAGCGGGAUAAGCUAGAGAAUCUUAGUGCACGAUGGGAUAACUUCAAGAAACUUCAGACUAAGCUUACCGAAGAGAUUGUUCAUACCCAAACGACUCUUCAAGAAAUCACUUACAGUGUGGACAGUUGUGAAAAAUUGGCACCAGCUGUUGAGAAGAUCAGUGAACUUAUUGAAGAGCACCGGCAUCGCGAACCCGACAAGGAUACUCUUCAUCGAGAAGGCGCAACCUUGGUGAAGGAGGAUCAACGAGCAGUAACCAAUAUCCAAGUAGUCCUCUCUUCAGCAGAUGCCAAUUGGGAGAAAGUGAAUGAGCUUCUUAGAGAGCAGCAGAGUAAGUACUCCGAAAUGAAUGCUGACUGGAAGCAAUUCCUUGAAGCCAAAGAGAAGUUAAAGAAGUUUGUCAAAGAAUCAAAAGCUCUGUGCCAAUCCGUUAAAGAAGUGCCAAAUGACAUUACCCAGGCGAACAUUGCUCUGGAUAAACACAAAAAAGCCGCAGAUAUUCUUAAGAAAGGGAAGCAAUUCCUUGAGAAAAUGGAUGCCAAGGCUCAGCAAUUGAUCAAAGAAGCUUCUCUAAUGCCAAAUUUCAAGUCAGAAUUGAUCGAGUCUGAUCUUGCUGAUGUCCGUAAAGAAUACCAAGAUGCCUAUUCGAAUAUCGUCGAGAGAAGCCAGACUUAUGAGACUCAAGUCAUCAUUUGGAAACAGAUCGACGAAGCUAAAUAUGAGCUAACCAGAUGGCUGAGUGAUACAAAUGAUGCUCUUACUACUGCCUGUGAACAUCUUCCUGAUGCUGAAAAUGGUCAGACUAAACUUGCCAGGUAUCGUGAGGAGUUACCAGCGCACCAGUUACUACGUCAGGGUAUUUCUACCAAGACAGAACAAUUGAUCAAACUGAACAAUAACGCUGAGAUACCUACAUUGAAUUCCUUGAAUAGAUUGCUCGAUGAUCAGUUCAAGGUAGUCAAAGCGUCGGCUGAUAAAUUAGAAUCCUUAACAUCCAGCUUCAACGAAAAGGAGAAAGGUAUUCGUCAAGAAUUAAAAAAAUUCAGUGAUUUAAUCUCGAAGAUUCGUGAAGAUAUCAUCAAAUGCGAUGAUCUUACUGGUGAAAAUACCAAGAUCCUAGGCAGGAUCAAUAAGUGCCAAGAGCUCAAGAAUGAACUCGAAAAAUGCAACUAUAACUUAUCUGAUGUUGAAGAAAAAAUCACUAGCAUGUCCUCUGAGUAUCCAGCAAUUACAAAAUCCAGUUUACCGAAAGAACUUCAAGCUCUGCAAUUGCGAAGAGAUGGAGUUGCCAGUCAUGCCGAUAAGGUUAGCGCUACUUUAGUAGCAUUCCUGACAAAAUUAUACCAUGAGAAGUUUGGUGCCUUGCAACGUAUGGUAGCUACUCAUAAAGAAAAGGCAGCCUGGUGUGAGCCGGAGCAGAGUAGCGAUAGAUAUAAUCUUGAAGUGAAGAUGGCUUCACUGGUUGACGUGGAAACAGGAAUUGCUGAUUGUGAAGCUAGAAAAGCUGAUACCGACAAUUCCCUGAAGUUGUUACAGACUGUUGAGAGUAGUGAAACUAUGGAGGGACUGAGAGCUGACCGUGAUAAAGUGGCAGCUGAUUUAGAUUCCCUGAAGACCAGUUACGCUAAGAUCAAGUCCGUCCUGGAACACAACAUUGCGUUGUGGCAGAAAUAUGAACUCAUGUCUGAGAACGUGGUCUGUUGGUUAAAGGAAACUGAAAAUAAGAUCAGGAUCGAAAGUUCAGCUUUAUUGACGCUUCCUGAUAUCGAGAACAAGAUCAAUGAAAUUGGCCAGCUCCAGAAGGCUGUAUCGGACUACCGAAGAGAGCUGGAUGACUUGAGUGCCUUAGGAGAAGAUAUAAUAAAAGUCAGUCCCGAAUCUCGAGUGGGUCAGUACAUUGGUCAUCUUAAUACACGUUAUCAAGCAGUCUUGAAGUUCCUUGCAUCUCAUCUGGAGAGACUUGAGGAAUUGAGUAAGAGUAGAGAUCAGUAUAAGUCUAACGUAAAGGAACUUGAAGCAUGGAUCCAGAAUGCUGAGAAGAAGCUGAACGUUUUCCGUGAAAUUACUGGACCAAAACCUAUCACCUUCUACCAAUCUAGACUCAAGGAAUUAAAGGCUUUUGCCGAAGAACGAGAGAAGGGCCAGUCUAUCCUGAAUCGCACAGCUGAAGCUGGUGAAGCUCUUUAUGCCAGGAUCACACCUGACAAUCGUGAGGUCAUCAGAGCGGAGCUUAGAAAUCUUCGCAAUCAAGUUGAUGCACUCGCAGAUCGUGCAAACGUUAUCUAUAAACGUAUUGAGAGUGAUAUGAUGCACAGAUCAUCAUUUGAAGACAAGUAUUCUCAGGUGAAACAGUGGGUGAUUGAUGCUCAGGCUAAACUGGGCGAUAAACAGGACCUCUUGGCUAGUCUUCAAGAGAAAAAGCUGGCUCUUCACUCGUAUCGUACAAUUGCUCAGGAUGUGAACGUGCAUAGAAAUAUUUUACAACAACUUCAGGACAGAUUGGGAACCAUGAGCGAUGAUGAAGCUACAGAAAUGCUUGGUACCGUGAUUGAGGCUUAUGAUAAGCUAUCUGGCGACGUCGAAGACAGGAUUAAUAUUGCUGAGAAGCACGUAGCUAACCACGAAGCUUACUUGCAAACAUUCGAGAAGACCAGAGAUUGGAUUAAUACAAUAGUUAAUGAAGCUGCUCCGAUAAUAGAAGAUCUAACGAUAGAGCGCGAUACGGCUAAAGCUAAGAUUGCUCUCAUUGGGAAUAUACUUCAACAAAAAGCAGAGGGUGAUCGUGUCCUUCAGGACUGUAAUCAGCAACUUAAUAUCAUUUUGGAGCAAACGUCCAUUACCGGGCAUCCUGCAUUGCUUAAGGGUUACGAAGAGCAGAAGAGGAUCUGGGACGACUUCUUGAAACGGUGCCUGGGUACACGAGACAGACUGAAUCAAUUGUUCGAUCAAUGGGCAGAAUUUGAGAAGGUCGUUGAGCGUUUAGAGGCCUGGAUAAAGCAAAUGGAGUCCCAGGUGAAGGAUCAAAGUCUGAAGAGUACCGAAGAGACAAAGAGGGCACAUCUACAAAAACUGAAGACCCUCGAAGAAGAGAUUGCUGCUAAGGGUGCGGAGUUUAAUGCAGCCGUAGAAAAGAGUCAGACUAUCGAAGGGGAAUCUGAGUUAGGUACUCAAGUAUCACGCCUGGCUACCAAAUAUCAAGCAAUUAGAAAUCAAGCUAAGGAAGCUGUGGCUAGGUACGAGCAGUUCGUACGAGAGCACGGUGUCUUCAAUGAGAAGUACAACCAGUUCCUGAAGUGGAUUACCAAUGUUCAAGAUGACCUUACGAAGCACAGUGAGAUUGUAGGUGAUCUUACGGUACUUCAAAGCAGACAAAAGAGCAUCCGUGAUCUAGGAGACACUCGCACCAAAGAAAAUGCACGUUUCGAAUCUGUUAUUGAUCUUGGUGAGAAGUUGUACGCACAUACAUCUCCAGAUGGUCGUGAAAUCAUACGUCAGCAAUUGAGAAAUUUACGAACUGUUUGGGAUGGUUUCUCGGAAGAUCUUCAAAACGCUACGCAAAAAUUAGAUCAGUGUCUUAUGCAAUUCGCAGAAUUUUCGCUCUCUCAGGAACAGUUGACUACUUGGUUACGUGAUGUUGAACGAGCUAUGCACCAACACACCGAGCUGAAAUCUUCACUCCAGGAGAAGAGAGCUCAACUUCAAAAUCAUAAGAUUAUGCACCAGGAAAUUAUGUCUCAUCAGUCGCUCGUUGAGUCGGUUUGCGACAAAGCUCAACAACUUGUCGAUCAAACCAAAGAUACUUCGUUGAAUGUGUAUCUGCAAUCCAUAAAACAACUCUUUCACAACAUUGUUGCCAAGUCACAGGAUCUUCUGGAAAAUCUGGAGGAUUGUGUAGAUAAGCACAAUCAAUUCAAUGUGCAGUGCAAGAACUUCACUGAUUGGCUAAACGGAGAACGUGAAAAGCUGCUGGAUUGUAAUGACAUUGCUGGCGAACGCAGUGAAAUUUCACGUAGGCUUGCUACUCUUGAAGCUUUAAGGGAUGGUCAAAAUCAGGGAGUUGAAAAACUUGCGAAGUUGAAUGAACUUGGAACUGCAGUUGCGAAAAGCACUGCGCCCAAAGGACAGGAGGUUAUAACAAAAGCCAUUGCUGCCCUGAAAUCAGAUCUUCAUCAACAUCUCAAUGAAAUUGAAUCCGUUGAAGGCAAACAAAGAGGAGCACUUCAGAAGUGGCAAGAAUUUGAGGAUCAGCUAGAAACACACACGAAGUGGUUCCGUUCGAUGGAAGCUGCUUUCAGAGAUCAGCAACUUCAACCUACCUUGAAGGAUAAAGAAGCACAGCUUAAAGCUUUCAAGGAUAAACGUGAAGUCAUUGUUAAGCAAGAACGUGACAUCGAUGAAUUCGUGGAUAAGUCACAUGGUCUACUUCAUUCCAGCGGUGUAGAGAGGAUCAAACCGUUAAUAUCUCAAAUUAGCAAUCGAUAUCAGUUGCUGCAUGUCCUCAGCAAAGAAGUCAUCAAUCGUUGUCAAAGUAUUGUUGAUGAUCAUCGCACUUACGAAGAGAAACUCCAUACAAUUGACGCAUGGCUAACACCGUUAGAACAAAACUUAGCUGCACUAAAGAAAGAAGAAAUUGGCGGCAAUUUAGAAGCCAAAGGGUCACGCUUACAAAUGCUUCUGGCAGAAAGGGAACAGGCUGAACAUCGUCUAGCUGGAUUAACAUCAGCCGGUGAAAGAAUUCUUCCUGAUACUUCAGCACAAGGUCGCGAAGUAAUUCGACAUGAACUGAGGCAUGCUCGUGAAAGAUGGGACAGUCUUGCCGAAGGCAUAAUGGAGCAACAGAAGAAACAAGAUGCACAAUCUCUGCAGUGGUCCAGUUAUCAGGAGACUUUACAGCAAAUUCUGGCUUGGCUCGAUACCAUGGAACGAUCCAUUAAACAAGAUUCGUCUACAGUAUGGUCCUCGCUUCAAGAGAUCAGAUCUAAAUUACUGAAAAACAAGACUCUUCACCAAGAAAUCGUUGCGCAUAAGCGCAUCAUCGAGGGCAUCACAGAGAAGGCUAAUGCACUGAUGCAAGCCGCCCAAGCACCAAAAGAUAUCCAAGAGAAGGCGAAGUCAAUUUCUCAGCGAUACGAAAGGCUCGUCGAUGCCUCGCAGAAGGGAAUCAGUAACCUUGAGGCACUUUUGGAAAUCUUCCAACAAUUCCACGAUCUUCAGAAGGCUUAUCAGGAUUAUCAGAAGCAACAAUGGGUCAAGUUGACCAACUACAGUGAUUAUACUGGAAAUAAGGCUGCCUUGCAAGCCAGACUGGCCAAAGUCAUUGAAAUUCAGGAUAGCCUGAGCGAAGGUGAAGUCAAGUUGAACGUUCUUGCUGAACAUGUUGCUCAAAGUGCUAGUAGCUUACCACCAAGGUCACAAGAAUCCAUGGAAAGAGAUCUGACUAAUCUGAAAUUCGAAAAUAAGAAAUUCGCAACGGCCGUCAGCGAUGUCGUUCGUUGCAUCGAAGAGCGCAUACAACAAUGGAGCGAAUAUGAAAAUUCUUUAGAACGUUUAUUAGGCUGGCUCGCAGAUGCAGAAGCAUCGUUGAAGAAUUACUGUCUGAAAAAUACCAUAGAAGAAAAACAGGAACAGCUAGAAAAAUAUCAGGAUCUACAAAAGAUAACGGAAUCCAGGAACACGGAUGUGACGGAACUGGUGGCGCUUGGUGACCACCUCGAGCAAAGCCUGAUUGUAAACCUGCGACAGAACGAAGCUGAGUUUGACAAGAUGAGCGACGAUUCUUCAGAAUUAAUACAGAUUAGCGGAGAGACAAGAUUUUCAGCAAGUGUUCAGCAAGUUACGUCUCGAUUCCAAUCAAUUCAGACCACGGCAAAGGAAUUGGUUAAGAAGUGCGAACAAGCCACGGCUGACCAUGCUGUGUACCUUGAACGAUACAAACAGUGUUCAGAGUGGUUAGCAUCAGCACAAACGCGCUACCAAUCUUCACGUGAUGGUACUUCAGGUACCAGACAAGAAUUGGUAUCUCACAUUGAUACACUGAAGGAACUGAUUGCUCAGCAAUCCUCGGCAACGCACCUGGUGAACAGUACUGUUGAAGCUGGUGAACGAUUGUAUCCCAGUACCGGAACUGAAGGUCGUGAAAUAAUUCGACAGCAAUUGCUGGAUCUUCAACAAGCCUUGGAAGCAUUGUACGAUGGCGUCACGUCGACUGAACGUGAAAUUCAGGCGAAGAUUUCACGCUGGUCAGGAUUCGACGAGUGCAGUGAAGCAUUCAAGAAGUGGCUCGAUGAAGCGGAGUCACAGCUAACUUCAGAAAUCGAACUGAAGACCACCCUGGAUGAGAAGCGGGCACAACUCCAAGUUUAUCGCACUUUCUUACACGAUGCACAAAGUCAUCAGCAGGAUCUGUUCGAUCUGCGUGAUAAAGCUGACAAUCUUCCGGAUCGUAAUGAAAAGAUUGACCACGUUCUUGAGGAAUUGACGAAGAGGCAUGCUGAAGUACUAAAACGCGCAGUGCGCUUCGUUGAAAGAUACGAGGGCAUAGUCAGUGAUCAUCAACAGUACAGUAAAGCAGUACUAGACACUCACGAGUGGCUUGAUGCAACUCAUAAUGCUGUUAGUUUAUGGGGCGAUGUGGAACUUGAACGUGUAUCUCUUCACACGAAUCUUGAUCGGUUACAAAAUCUAUAUCAGAGUCUCCCGGAGGACGAGCCACGUGUACAGCAGAUCCGCGCACUUGGUGAGAAAGUUAUACCUGGUACACUAGAAUCCGGCCAGGUUAACAUCCGCUCGCAGAUCGAUUCCUCGCAGCAAGAAUGGGAGGGUCUUGUCUCAGCAGUAAAAUCUACGAUUGAAGCGCUCGAAAACAAACUUCAACAAUGGACCGAAUUCGAAUCUCUGAAGGAGCAGUGUCUUGCCUGGAUCCGAGAGACUGAUACUAAGUUACAUGCAGUCGAUUUAAAGUCUACUUUGCCUGAGAAGAAAGAGCAAUUGGAAAAACUUCGUACGCUUCAAGGUGAAGUACGUGCCAAGGAAUUGGAGAUAGAUGCUGUCACUGAAAGGGCACAACAGCUGCAUAAGAACAUAACUUCACGUACUUCUCACAUAUCCGAACUUGGGAUCAAGUAUCAGCAGAUUUCGAGUAAAGUCAAGGAUCUGAACAAUCGCUGGCAUCAGUAUGUCACUAGUCAUCAGGAGUUUGAUAAUCAAUUAUCUGAAUGCAUGAGAUGGUUGGAAGAUAUUCGAAACAAGUUAGCUUAUUGUUCAGACCUCAGUGCGUCAUCGCAGAAGGACCUAGAGAGCAAGAUGGAAAUCAUUCAAGAUUUGUUACUAUAUAAGGAAGAUGGCUUCACCAAAGUUCAGGGCAUUGUUGAACUGGCUCAAGCUGUCCUGGCCAAUACUGCACCGGCAGGUCACAAGGCUAUCAACGACGCCUUAGCUAGACUUCAGGAACAGUGGAGUGCACUAGCUUCGAAGAUGCUUGAGACUAAAACCAAUUUGGAUGACUCUAUUAACAAGUGGGCUGGUCUUCUUGAGCAAAUACAGUCGAUAAACAAAACUGUCGAAUAUAUGCAAACGUCUGUCGAUGAAAUUUCACAAUUCCAGACUACGAUGUCUGAGAAGAGAUCACAGCUGGAAAGAAUAAAAGCUCUUGAGGAGAAGGUGCGCUGUGAGAACAUCGAGGUGGAUAGUUUAAAGGCCAAGGUCGCUGAAAUGAUAGCCAGUGGUCAGCAAGGAUUGGCUGCUUCUCAGGCUCAAGAUAUUCUCAACAGAUUUGAUUCCUUAUUUGAGAAGAUCAAGUCUCUAUUGUCGGAACGCGAAGAUCAGUACAAAGAUCAUCGUCUCUAUAAGGAAGCUCAUGAUGAUCUCAUUGGUUGGCUUAGCCGUGCACGAGAAAAGAUACCGUCGAUGAAACAACGAUCAUUGAGUGAUAAAUUGGCAAUUGAAAAUGCUGUGGCACCGCUUGAGAGUCUCUUGAAUAAGAAAGCUCAGGGUGAACUUCUGGUGGAACAGUUGCAGAAUACUGGAAAGGUCGUAUGCGCAAGUACGAGUCCUCAGGGUCAGGAUGUCAUUCAGAAUGAAAUUCGUGCGCUUACUGAGAGUUUCGAAGGAUUAUUCAAAGAUAUUAAGCAACAAAAAGAUCAACUAGAGGCUACAGUUUCACAGUGGCGAGAUUAUAAGGACGAGUACGAAAGACUCAGUGAUUGGUUGCAGCAGUUUGAUAUUUUAGUUAAGGCCCAGAAGAAUGCUCUGCUGCCAAACGUCACUGAGAAAGAGAAGCAGGUCUUGGAAGUAAAAGAGAUUCUGAACAAUUUGUUGAAGGGUCAGGAACAGAUUGACAAGUUCAACAAAACUGCCUCUGGACUUCUUUCAUCUCAUCUUGACACUUACGUCAAUAAUCAACUUCGUCAUUUGAAUUCACGUUAUCAAGUUCAAGUAAAUCUUGCCAAAGAUGUGUUGAAUAAAGUUGAAACAAAUUUGGCUCAGCAUAAGGAGUACGAAGCAAAUCUUAGUAAGGCUCAUGCAUGGAUAGAAAAUGCUAAACAGAUCAUACGCCAAGGAACCGAAGCAGCCUCCACAAGCAGCCGCGAAGAAUUGCAGUCGAGACUCGAUCAGAUUCAGGAACUUUUGAGAAAACGUGAAGAAGGUCAGAACCUCGUGCACCUUACUGUGAACUGCGGUGAGAAGGUGAUGAGAAACACAAGAUCCGACGGACGCGAGGAUAUAAAUGUGCAAUUAAAAGAAAUCCAAAAUGAUUGGGAACGUUUGGUGAAGAAGAUCUCAACGACAAAGGUUCAUCUGGAAACUAGUCUUCUUCAAUGGGCCGAUUACAGUUCUUCCUAUUCCCAACUUCAACAAUGGAUCAACGACAGAGAGGCUAAGCUACAACAAGUUUGUGAACAGAAAGUGUCUAAAGCAAGAAAAGGUCUCGCCGGUCUCAGUUCUCUUGCAAUUGGAGAACGCAAAGCGAAUCUUCGUCAGACAAACAGCAUCGUUCAGGAUAUUGUAGCAUUUGAACCAAUGAUCCAAUCAGUGACUACUAAGGCAGAGGACCUUCAACAAGCUACACCAGCUACAGAAAUCUCUAUAAAAUAUGAAACGCUUAGCAAGCAAGCACAGGAACUGUACGCUAAGCAAAAGGAAACUGUGGAGCAGCAUCAGGCUUUCAUCGAUAGCGGAAAUGAAUUCAUCCAAUGGAUUCGUGUGGCUAAAGAAAGUCUUGGCAAGUGCUCCGAGCCUACUGGUGACAAGGAAUCUCUUGCUAGCAAGAUAACUCAACUCAAGGUCUUAGAAAGUGAACUUCCUGAGGGUCAGAAGAAACUUGAAAAAGCUUUGGAACAAGGUAAUGCUGCAUGCCAGAUGGCGGAUGCUGAAGAUAAGGAAAUCAUAGAGGAAGAGGUUGCUCUUCUUCAGGAGGAAUAUGAUAAUUAUGUGGAUUCGCUAAACAAUACAAAGAGCUUACUGGAGAUUGGCAUUGUCAAGUGGACUGAGUAUGAGGAUCAAUUCUCUGAAGCUACCGAUUGGCUCACGCAAACAGAACAAUUGGUCCAGCCGUUCAACAAACUGCAGGAUAGUCUUGAGGAGAAGAAAAACGUUCUUGAACAGUUCCAAAUUCAUUUACAGACUUUGUUUGAUUGGCAAAAAGAACUUGAUCGGCUGAACAUGAAAGCUCAGAUGCUUUUGGAAACUUGUGCGGAUACAAGAAUUUCCAAUGCCAUUACCCAGCUCACAACUAAAUACAAUGCGUUGCUGUCACUGGCCAAAGAAAUUAUGAGACGAUUAGAAUUGCACUAUCAGGAACACCAGCAGCAUAAUACCUUGUAUCAAGAGUGUCAAGAUUGGAUAGAAAGGACCAGAGAUAAGCUUGGCGAAUGCCAGGAAAUUCCGAAUACAUUGACUGAAGUAAAUAACAAGCUUCAUACUUGCAAAGCUAUACGACAAACACUGGAACAAGGGCAGAACAAGCUUCGAUAUGCCUUGGAAUUGAAAGAGAAAGUGAUCAUGAACACCGAACAAAACGGAGCAGCAAAGAUUCAAGAAGACACCGAAAAUCUAAAGACAGAAUUCGAUAAGCUAUUGGCAGACGUGGAAGAAGCUAGGCAAAAAUUAUCAAUCAGAGCUGGUGCUUUGGAAGAACUGAACAAGAUGCAUCGUUUGAUAGCUGAUUGGCUAGAAGAGAUCGAAAACAAGGUUCAACCGGAAGAGGGACAUCGGAACGAUCUAAGUGAGAAACGAGCUCUUUUAGAAAAAUAUAGAACUGCUCAAAGAGAUAUUCAGGGGCGUGGUGAGACCAUAGAUCGCCUUAGGGCUCGUUUAUCUGAAGACUCCAGCAUCCCGAAAGGUCCAUACGAAACCACCAUAGAGAAGUAUGAAGUACUUAAGAAGCUUGUAGUGGAAAGGAUCAGCAAUUUGGAAGAUCAGGUAAAGGAACACGAGAAAUUCCAGCAAGCGCAUAACGAUGCUGCUGAAUGGGUGAGACGUACCAAGGUAGAGUUACAACAAUAUAGCGACACGCAUGGCGAAAAAGAAACAGUAUUGGAUCGUGAGAAUAAAGUCAAUCAAAUAAUGUCCACAAUGCAAAAGGGUGAAUCUUUAAUAGCUAAAGCGAUUGAAUUAAGCGACAAUGUUAUUUCCACCACUGGACCUGAGGGACAGGAUUCAAUUAAUCAGGAUGUGAAGCAACUACAGGCUGAUUGGAAAUCUGUACAGAAUCAAUGCCAAGAGUCGAAACGUACUCUUGCUAAUUGCAUUGCUACCUGGUCCCAAUUUACCAGUGCAUUUGACAGCAUGAAGGGAUGGAUUGAUCAAUUCCAGAAGAAGAUCAACAAUGAACUCUCUAAAGACAACAAGACUCCUGAAGAUCUGGAACGUUGCAAGCGUCUUGUAGAUGAAGCUGUUCGUCAGAAACCUGUUCUAGAAGAUCUGAAUGACAAAUGCGAAGCUCUCCUUGAGAUGAGUGCAUGCAGUUGGGCCAGGGACAAAACAGUACAGUUGCAAUCUACCUACACUGCAUUAUUAACUGAUGCGCAAGGAUUGGUGUCAAAGGUGGAGAAAAAUCUGUCGGAUCACACGGAGUUCCUCAAGGCUAAGAAAGAAAUGGAAGAUUGGCUUCAUACUGCACACGGCUCUGUGCAAGACUGUAUUGGAGUUGGAGACGUGAACUGGGCGAAGGAUAAAUUAGAAACUACUCGAGUUGUUGCUACGCGGAUUACCGAAGGACAGCAUCUUUUAUCUACUCUUCAGGAAGCUUUUGGAAAAGCUAUAAACACAGCACUUCCGGAACAACAGAAACAGCUUCGCACUGACAUGGCAAGCUUGCGAUCCAGUUGGGAACAGUUGAGUAUCGAUCUUACGUCUGUACAAGCUCAGGUCAAAUCUAUUCUGAGCCGCUGGGAAGAUCAUGCCGAAGCACAUGAUCGUUUUGCUAAAUGGCUUACUGAGACAGAAAGCUCCAUCAAGACUUUACCAAAUACCAAAGGUGAAUUUGGUGAAAUGAAGACAUUACUCGAGCGUUACAAGCACUUGCAGGAAGAAGUAAAGAACAAGAGAUCAGAUCUGGAUCAUCUGCUAGCCGAAUCUGCUGAACUGUCCAGUUGGGCAAAGAACAAUGCUACUCAAGAACAAACAAAGAGGUUACUCACACGCUGGGAAUCUCUAGGAAAUCGUGUAGACGAACAAAAGCGCCUUGUUGAGGAUGAAAUGCAAGAAUACAAUGCUUACCAUGCUGCUCUGCAGGAAACCGAAAAGUGGCUGCUGCAGAUCUCCUUCCAAUUGAUGGCACAUAAUUCCUUGUAUAUCACCAACAAAGAACAAACAAUAGAACAAAUAAAACAACACGAGACACUUCUGGAUGAGAUACAAAAGUAUCAGGGCGUCCUUGAUGAUUUGAAGUCUAAGGGAUGUGGUCAAAUCGAACGUUACGUCUCAGUCAGUCCUGCUAUUAAAUCUACUAUAAAAACUCAACUUCAAAAUGUCCAAGAAAGCUACAAUUCUCUACUCAGUACUGCUGUGCAGAUCAAGAAUCGUCUGUCCGAAUCUUUAGCUAAAUUCCAGGAAUAUGAGAACACUCUGGAAAGCAUCAUGAAGAACUUGGAUAGCUAUGAGCCCGAAAUAGCUCGUGAAAUCGAGGCACCAUUGGACACUCUAGAAGCCGCAGAACAAAGUCUCGAAAGUGCUCGUACUCUUCACAAUAAACUUCAGGCCGAAAAAGGUCGACUUGCACUUGCAGUUGAAGCCUGUGAAGCUGCAGCUGCUUGCGUUUCCAGGCCAGGAAGUCCUCUGGAUGCACCACCUGUUCAAAUUCCAGCAAGAGAAGUCGAAGUUCGCACUAGGCUUGAAGACCUCAUUGACCAGAAAGAUAACGAGGAUACUGGCGACCGGCUGAAAGCCUUGCUAGAUAACAUAGAGCGAAACGGCUUCUUAGCGAAACUUAAUCAAAUGUGUGAUAAGAUGCAAACACACUUGACGAACGUGACCAAAGCUGUGGGUAGUCUAGAGGAACAGACGCGUCAGAAGAACGCUCUUAAAUCGUGGGUCAACCAACAACGUGCACUUUGUGCAGAAUGGAAGUCCCGUCCGGCGAAAUUACGUCCAGAAGCUGCGCACGCGGAAUUGCAAGCAAUGAAUGAAUUGUUGUCCAGUGUCGGAGAGCGUCGUUCACGAGCACUGACUGAACUGUCUCUAGGUCCUGAAGAUGAACUUGAAGAGGGUUUGAAUAAAUUGGAAGUGGAGCUGAUCGAAGCUAUUGCUGGAAAACAAGCGACUCAAGAUCUGAUUCAGAAAUACCGAUCUCAUGUGCAAGAUAUACAGUCCUGGCUCGACGCGUUGUCGAAGAAGGUCGAUGUUGUCGAAAGAGGCAGUGGCCUUACGAUUGGUCAGAAAAUCUCAACUGUCAAGGAAAUCACCUCGGAAUUCGAAUCUCAGGGACCGGAAAGAUUGGACGAAGUCAAAAAACUUGGUGAUCAAGUUAUGGACUCGGUUAGCAAUCUUGAUUCACAACAGAUUGAAGAACAAAUCAAGUCUGUCGAGAGACGUUAUGGAGACAUCGGUAAGAAGUUGCAGAGAAAAUCUCAAGUCUUAGAUAUGACUGAGCAGGGCAUUGAAGCUACAAGGAAAGAAAUUGAAGAAAAUCGUGAAUGGAUCAAUGAGAAGAAACAGGCUGCAAGAGCUUCAGGUCCACUUGGGUACGAGGCUAAACAGGCUGAAGAAAAAUUACUGUCACUCAAGUCUCUGUUAAAGGAAGCUGAAGGGAAACAUGUUCUCAUCGACACCCUGGAGAAACGCGUUGGAAACAUGCAAAAUGAAUUAGAAUCCAGUGAACAGCAACAAUUGGAAGCUGAUACAAGAGCUUUACGUAGUGAACAGGUCGAAUUGUGUUCGAUUCUACGCGAAGAAAUCUCAGCAGCAAGUGCAGCUGCAGAUGCUCGCCGUAAACUAGAAGGUGAUCUUGAAAAAGCUCGUGCUUGGAUAAAAUCGAAGAGUAAUGAUUUGAAAAAGCUCAGCGGUUAUCUUCCCUUAAAAGCUACCAAAGUUGAGCAGGACAUUACUCAACAUAAUGGACUUGAAGCUGAGAUCAAGUCUUUCAACGAAAGUGACCUGAAUGACAUUCUCAAGCAAGGCAACAACCUAUUAAAAGAGUGUAAUGAGGAAGAUCAAGCACGUCUGCAAGCUCUAUUGGAUACUGUGAACGAAGAAUACGAUGCUUUAAAAAAGGAAGCUCAAGAAAAGCAGGCUUCAUUGGCGGAUCUUCUUCAAGGUCGUAAAGCAUUCGAGAAUGAAAUGGACAAGUGUCAGCGAUGGAUAAACGAAGCAGAGGUUGCUACGUCCACAGAAAUUCGCACAACCAGUGUGGACGUUCUUCGCGAGCAACUGGCCAAGUACGACCGAUUGAAGAAAGAAGCAAAACAAUAUGCGGAGGAUAUUGAGAAGAUAACUCAACAGGGAAAAUCAAUUCUGCCAACUGUGAGCGAUGCAGACAAGCUUGAGCUGAGUGAACAACUGAAAAACAUGAAAGACGCUCACAACAGAGUAGCUGGAAUAAUAAACGAAAGAGCCGCUGCAUUGCAAACCAGCAUCAACGAAGCUGAGGAAGCGGCUGCUCGAGUAGCUGAAGCUGUUCAGUUCAUGACAGACAUUCAACGUGAGCUUCAUGAAUUGAACAAACCAAUUGGUUCGCGCGUAGAAGACGUGGAAGGAAUGCUAGCUGCCUAUGAGAGAAUUCUAGGAGAUCUGAAAGCAAACAAAGCCAAACUGUCUGAUCUGCAGUCCGUGAAUGUGGGUGAUCUUCAUGGAGUGGUUGGCCAACAAGAUGAUCUCAUAAGAGCCUUAGAGGCACAGAUUGCCAAAUUACGCCAACUUCUUCUACUUCGUCAACAGUUCAUCGCCCUAGUUACUGAGAUCAUGACGUUCAUCACCAGGUAUACAGAAGUGGUACGCGAUAUUGAGAAAUCUGGACAAACCACCGAGGAGAAGAUCAAACGAUAUGAUGAUGUCAUCGUGAAGAUCCAGGAAUGUGAAGCCACCCUGGCUAGUGCUACUGACAAAGGUCAACAAAUUGCAGUCGAAGGAUCAGCUGCCGACAGGAAUAGCGUUACGGAACAACUGCAAUCCCUGAAACAACAGCUGCAAGCUUUAAGACGUGCUGUCGAGACACAACGAGAGCAACAUGAAUUAGCAGCAGCUGAACAUAGACGAUUAGCUAAUGAGCUUGCAGAUAUACUCGACUGGCUCCAAGGAAAAGAAAAGGAUGUAAAGUCACGCCCUCUCCUGGAAAGAGAUUCCCAGAGCGUCGAAGCUGAGUUGAAGAAGCAUAAAGUCCUCUGUUCUGAGGUUAACGAAUAUCUAGACAGGAUCAGGACCAUGAAGGACUCUGUACGACAUGAGGAAGGAAUGCCAGGAUCUCUGAAAGAGAUGUUGAGUGAAGCUGUCUCAUUACUUUCUUCACUUCCCAGGGAAAUGGAGGAUCGUGGAACUUACCUGGAGAGUAACAUGCAGAUGAGGUUGGACUAUGCUGCUCUUACUGAAAAACUGCACAACUGGGUCCGUGAGGCUGAGAUUCGUCUACUAAGUGGCAAAGAGGGUCUUGAUUUUGAAAAUAUACUUAGCGACCUGGAGGAGCAUAAGAUUUACUUCAGUACAGAAACUUCUAUUCGUGAGCUGGUAUCACAGCAGAUUCAACAGGCAGCGGAUAAGAUCUGGCCAUCUCUAAAUAGUUCUGAACAGGAAGAAUUAAGUGGCGAACAACAGCAACAUACUCAGUUAUUGAAGAACACCCUGAACACUGCCAAAUCGCAACGGGCACGACUGGAACAAGGUGCCGAAACUUGGCGGGAUUAUACACAGACACUAGAACGGGUUAAAGCGGUUAUCGCAAGAACAAGAUUUACGGACGAGCCAGUAUCAACAUUAGCCGGACUUCAAUUUAACAUACAGAAGAUUACGCAUGCUUUGAAUGAUAUUCAGAAUCAACAAUUCGAAUUGGACCUGUUAAACGAGCGUGGUCAAGAAGUUCUUCGUUUGGCUGAUGCAAACAAUAAGAAGAUAAUCGAGGGUCAGUUAUCGGAGACAAGUUCUGAAUGGCGAGAUCUGGUCUCUGGCUUGGAAGGGCGUCGCGACGCUCUCGAGGCUCUUUCUAGACACUGGGAAGAAUUGGAAUCGCGCUGGUCCGUUACUGAAACUCGACUGAACGCUACUGAGGAAAGAAGUAAACUAAUCGACACUGUAGUGCGAUCGAAGCAACAUCUGAUCGAUACCGCAAAGUCUCUAAACGAACUGCUGGAGGAGGCUGAGAAAUAUAAGCCAGCUGUUGAAGAAGUCAGAGCUCUGGCUGGUCCCGUCCUCGCUUACCUGGCUGCCUUCACCGAGACACCGGCUCGAACCCUUGAAGAACGACUGGACAAACUUCAAAAGGCUGCUGAGUCGCUUGCCAGCUCGCUUCGAGACAAGUCCGAAAAGGCGAGCGAGGAUCUCGAGAUCCUCGAGAAGAUCGAGAACGAGAUUAGAGGAUUGAAGGAGCAGUUGGACGAGACGCACCAUCAGACAGCCUCCUUCUACGUUUUCGGAUCGAACCAGGAAGCGACCGAGAUAGAGUUGGAGGCUCAUCGUAAGCGCCUUGAGAAUCUUGUCGAGGCUGCGAAGACACGAUCGCGAAGCACUAAGGCGCAGUACCAAGCUAGUCAGCAGUUGGUGCCGACCGACCUGGCGCAGAAGUUGACAUCCCUCGAGCUUGCCGCCGAGGGCGCGGCUCAGGUCAUGGAGGAGAAGCAAAGAGAACAGAAGAGAGCGAAGACCACUCGCUCGGACUACGUCGCCGACGUCGACGAAGUUCAGACGUGGAUACGCGAGGCUGGACUCAAGGUUCAGGAUCGUUCUGUUGAGCCUGCCAAGCUCAAGGAAUACCUGUCCCAAAUUCAGGCUGAAGUCGCGCCCAUCACCGACAAGCUCGAGCGGCUUACGAAGAACGGACAGGUUAUCAUCGACAAUACGAAGGACGGCAACGAGAAGGAACUCAUCAGGAGCACGAUAGCCAAUUUGACGGAACAACUUGCACAAGUACGUUCCUGGCUCGAAGAGAAGAAACAACAAGUUAGCGAUACCCUUGAUGCCUGGCAGAGAUUCCUUUCUCUGUACGAGGCAGUCAAGGCUUGGACCGAAGAGAAACGCGUCUUCUUAGUAGAGCCUCUUCGAUUGAGUAGCCUCGUACAGGCUAGACAAAGGCUACACGAUUAUUCGACUGCUGUCAAGAGCUGCAAACAGGUGAACAAGAACUUGAGCGACAUGAGUAAAGAAUUGGAGAGUAUCGGUCAGCUAACCAGUGUUGGGGAUCUGCCUGAAAAGCUCACCGAGGCUGAGGAAGCCAAGGUCGAGGUCGAAGGACAGCUGUUGGAAAGGAACGCACUUUUGCAAGAAACCAGCGAGGAGUGGGAGCAAUGUGAGAAGAAGAUGAAGGACGUCAAAGGCUGGAUCGAAAAAGCUCGUCAAACGUUAGAGUCGCCGCAGAACAAGAAGAAGCCGUUACGCGAUCAGCAUGCAAUCCGCGAAAAGAUGCUGAGCGAUAUCACUAUUCAAAAGACCAAGAUCAGCAUAUCAGUUGAGAAACUUCAGGUUCACUUCCGCUCUGGAGUCGGUGGCGACAGCAAGAUCAGCGAGGCUGCCACUGAUCUCAUACGCGAGCUGGAUUCUCUCAACGAUUCAGUCAAAGAACAGGCAACGUCACUGGAAUCAUGCCUGAGCCAGAUCGAUCAGUAUCAGCAGGAAAUCCAACAACUCCGGCAACAAAUAGUUCAGGUAGAACAACAACUGAGGACGGUCCUUAGCCCAAAUUAUCUGCCCAACGAUAGGGAAAAGGCUCUCCAGGAACAACAGGCCUUGCAGACACAGAUGGACGGUUGGAGGCAACGCACGAGAAUCCUGGUGGAUCAGAUUCAUGCGGUGGACCCUUACUAUAUACUCACUGCCGAGCCGAGUGCCCGACUAGCCGGACUAAUAUCGUACGCGGAUAUCGCUGCGGGUCGAACAAGCCCGAAUUCGAGGGGUGCUAGUCCCUACAGAAAUCAGCGAGAGGAACCUCCUCCUCCGCAUCCUCCCCAAGUACUCCGACCUGCCAGUGCUCGCCCGUUGGCGCAGCCCGUUGCACUAAAGAAUAUCGAGACCGUGAACGUGAGUGCUGCGCGAGUUCAGCACGACGAGAAGCAGCAACAACAGCCGCAACAGCAACAGCAAAGAUCACAGGAACAGCCAAUACAGAAUCCACUGCCACCUGAGAUACCAAAAGAGAUUUCUCAGGAUGCCAAGGUUAUUGAAAGCUACAUCGAAAGUUCGACUCAGCAAGCCAAUGCGACGGUUCAGAACGCGCCGAGACGUGGACGUUCGCCAACUAGGAAGAACGUUGCCAAGAGUGCUAGGGAGUCCAAGAAAGAAGUGCCUGCCAUACAGGUUGGUACCAACGAACCGAGAGAAGUAAUCAUGACCCACGAGAGGGAGUCGCAGUCGCCGGCAACUCUAGCGCCUCAGGAAAAUGUACGAGGUCGCUCUCCAAGUCCAAUGUGGGGACCAGGUUCAACGUCUUAUGCCGAUAUUCUUCGGGGAAAAAUGCAGUCCUAUUCUAGAGCCUCGUCUGAGCCUGGUAAUCAGGGUAGUGAAAUGGUUCAGCUGAUUAAAGAGUCUUCUACUCCACACGAAGAACCAGCUCACGUACCACAGGAUCCUGAACUAGCUCAACAGCAACAGGUACCCAUGGAUGAAAUAUUUACUGAGACGAUUGAAAGCACUCCUGCUGAGGAUCUUAUGUCAAAUGUCGAGGUAUCUGUGAAUUAUCAGGGUAUGAGUCAAAUGCCUUUGAAGCCUGAAAGUAUUCCCAGCAGUCAUAUUGAAGAAUGCUCAGUUCAUUUUACCAAGGAGACUACUAACUGGUCUGAUGAACCAAUGGAGGAGUAUAACGUCCUUAAUGAAAAACACUAUGAAAACGUUGCUACACAACCGACGGAGAUGUAUGACUACAUUCAUCCAAUGCCAGAGCUGGUGGGUUUCAUAAAUUCACAACUAGGUCCAUAUCCAGUGAGUUCUUACGUAUACACUCAUGGUUCUCAACCAGUUCAGCAAUUGGAUCCCAUGUCUCUGAACUCGUACGAGGGUCAUAUUGGAUAUACUACUGCUGAACAUUACGUUACUCAGACUGGAUAUCUGCCUACAACCACUGACAUCUAUCACCAAGCUCAACCGGUGUUAACUCAGCCUUGCCCACCUAGUGAACUCGUGCAUCAAACUUCUAUUCUGACUCAGCCUAUCGCGGAGGUACCGGUUCAGAGUCAACAGAUGCUACCUGUAAAAAUGCAAAAUGUGCCAGUUUCGCCAGAUAGGGCUACUGAAGAAAUUAAGCACCCUGAACAAGUUGUGGAAAGUGUUCCCGUGCAGAGUUCUCAUACGAUCGAGCUAGUCUCAAUUGAAGAGAAUGAAUCGGUUUCCGCAAGUGUCGCAGACGGUCGUGGACAAUCCUUCUCUUAUGCUCAAAUACUUUCGCAAGGUCUGAGUCCUCGUGCGACACCACCCUCUGCGACGAAGGCCUUGGUUGAGCAAUCUAGAGGACGGUCUCACUCACCUCAUGAGGUGUCUCCACCGCAGAGUGUUAGGCGUGUUAAGAAACAGGAGUUUGAAACGGAAAGAUCAACAACUCCUAAGCACCCGAGAGAUAAUGAGUGGGACACUAUGAAAAAGAAAGACGUGAAAAAGAAACAGCAACAACAUGAGGACAAACCUAAACGCGACGAGGAUAAGAAGGGUCGUAAGGUGUCUGAGAAAUCAGCACCGUCAAAACGACCUGAGAAACACGAGAAGUCUGAGAAACCGCAAAGAAAUACUCCACCUAAACAGACAAUCGAGACGCCGAUUAUACCUGUGGUUAUUAAGCCUGCGGACGAAAUUGUAAAGAAAGAUGAAAAACAGGCUGAGAAUCAGAGACGUGCUGCUGCUGAACGAGCGUCUGCGAAUAAUGCAGUAUCUCAGGAUAAGAAACGGAAACAGAAAAAGAAGAAGUCUGAAAAGUCACAUGAUGAUGAGAUAGACAAGGCUCUCAGGGAAAUUGAGGAUAUGGAUAAACAGAAGGCGAAAACGCAAAAGGAUAAGCCUAAAGAACAGGAAAAGUCAAAAGAACAACAAAAGCCCAAGGAGCAAGAAAAAUCUAAAGAACAAGUAAAGCCUAAGGAGCAACAAAAGUCCAAGGAACAAGAAAAAACGAAAGAGCAAGAAAAGCUUCUUAAAGAAAAGGAAAAGCCUAAAGAACAACCAAAGGAACAAGGAAAGCCUAAAGAACAAGAUAAAUCCAAAGGCCAAGUAAAACUUGAGGAUCAGGCUAAGUUCAAAGAUAAAGAAAAACAGGAAGAGCAAGAAAAACCUAAGGUACAGGAAAAGCGUAAAGAACAGGAUAAACUUACAGAGCAGGUAAAAGUUGAAAAGAGUAAAUCCAAAGAGCAGGAAAAAUCCAUUGAACAGGAAAAGCCUAAGGAGCCAGAAAAGUCUAAAGUGCGAGAAAAGCCCAAGGAGCAGGAAAUUGUUACAGAGCAGGUGAAACCUAAAGAACAAGAAAAACGGAAGGAACUGGAAAAGCCCAAAGAACAAAUAAAAUUGGAAGAACAAGUGAAACGUAAGGAACAACAAAAACCUAAAGAACAAGAAAAGCCUAAAGAGCAAGAAAAACUAAAAGAAAAGGAAAAGCCCAAGGGGCAAGAAACGGCCAAGAUAAAGGAAAAACCUAAAGAACAGGUAAAACUCGAGCAGCAGGUUAAGCCUAAAGAGAAAGAAGAAUCUAAAGAGCAACAGAAGUCCAAGGAGCAGGAAACGUCCAAAAAACAAAUAAAACUUCAAGAACAAACUAAGCUUAAAGAGCAAGUAAGUUCCAAUGAGGAAGGAAAGCCCAAAGAACAAGUAAAACUGGAAGAACAGAUUAGGCCUAAAGAGCAAGAGAAACUUAAAGAACAAGAAAAGUCUAAGGAGCAAGGAAAGCCCAAACAGCAAGAAAAACUUAAAGAGCAAGAGAAACUUAAAGAGCAGGAAAAAUCAAUGGAUCAAGAAAAGGGAGAAAUAAAGGAGAAACCCAAGGAACAAGUAAAAUUCGAGGAACAGGUUAAGCCUAAAGAGCAAGAAAAAUCGAAGGUGUCCAAGGAAAAGCCCAAAGAUCAAGAAAAAGCCAAUGAAUGGGAAAAGCCUAAAGAGCAAGAAAAACUCAAGGAGCAGGAAAAGUCCAAGGAUCAAGAAAAGGGUAAAGUAAAUGAGAAGCCCAAAGAACCAGUUAAACCUACAGAUCAAAUUAAAGGAAAGAAACAAACAGGCCAAAAUCAAGCAAAACCUAAAAAAUCACUUACAACUGAUAUUGAAAAUCAAUCUUCCUCGAUCGUUACAGGAGAAUUAGAAACCACAGAGCAAAUUCUGAAAAAUGUAAAAGUACAAGAAGAAAUCAUUCAGAGAACCACAGAUAAAUUCAAAGCACAGACUGCAAUUACUACUGAAACAAAGUCUCAGCAAUUUGAAACUCCUACGCAACGUAGUACCAUUGUGGAAACCACGACAGUACAGGUUCCUCCUGAGAUAGAAGCGAAACCGAUUGACAGUAUCGCUAAAGAUGCUACGUCAAAACCAGAAGAAAAGUCCAAGGAAAAACUUAAACCAAAGGACGAUUCAAAGGCAGAGAAAGAACCUAAGGAUAAAGCAAAACCUAAAGAGCAGAUCAAAGCAAAGGAUGUAGUUCAAGUUACACAAGAGGCAGAAUCACAAAGUAAAAGUCAACCUCAGUCAACAGUAGAUAUUAAAGUGACCCAAAUAAAAUCAGAGGUCCAAAAAACGAUAGACGAUAAAAAGUCAAUUAUGGCAUCGAAAGAGAAAUUGGAAUCAAAGGAACAAGAUAAGCCGAAGCACGAACCAAAAGAGAAGUUUGUUCCUAAGGAAACUACGAUUGAAAAAGAAAUAUUACUCGAGGGAAAGACUGCAGUUGCAGAUAAACCGAAGGAUGAAGAAAAGCUCAAGCAACAAGAUAAACCGAAUGACAAGGAAAGAUCUAAGGAUCGUGCAGACAACAAACCAAAAAUCACUUCAGAAAUAAAAUCUGCACCCAAGGAGAAGCCACAAGAAAAAGUUGAUUCUAAAGAAAAGGUUAUUUCUCAGAAGCAAGAUAAACCUAAUGAUGAGGAUAAAUCCAAAAAAGAUAUCAAACCUAAAGAACAAAGCAAACCGCAGGAACAAGUUGAUACAAAAUCCACUGUUAAGGAAGAAAUACAAAUUUCGACAAAGGAUCAGUCAAAAAAGAAGAUUUCACCUAAGGAAACAAUAAUUGAAAAAGAACUUGCUUCCAAUGAGAAGACAACUCCAAAAGCACAAGAUAAACCAAAAGAUGAAAAGUUUAAAGUUCUGGUAGAAUCUAAAGAUGAUAAAAAGGUAAAUAAAAACGAAAAGUCAGCUCCUAAAGAACAAGCAAAAUCAGAAAAGGAAAUAGCACAGAAGGAAACACCGAAGUCCAAAGAACAAGAGAAACCUAAACCUCUUGAAUCCAAGAUUAAAGAUCAAGAAAAGGCUCCAACUGCUCCUCAAACGCUAGUAAAAUCGAAGGUAGAAGAGCUAUCGAAAGAUAAAGUGCAUAGUACUGAAACAACAAUUGUGUCAAAGGACAGAGUCAAGCAAUCGACAUCAGAAGCUCAAACGACAAUCACACUGGAAGCCACAGCAAAGCAAGAACUCAAAUCGAAAAUCAAAAUUGAAUCACCUGAAUCACCUGAGUAUCCUAAGGAUAAAUCUAAAGAUGUACCAAAAUCUAAAGAAGAGAAGAUAAAACCUGAGAAUCAGACAGUAGAUACAUCUGUGGAUUUGGAAGCAAAAGAACAGGAUAAAUCCACAGACAAUAUCGAAUCGAAAGAGAAUCUUCCGUCCAAGGAUAAGAAGGUUCAAGAGAAGCCUGAGACAAAACCAAAAGUUGGAUCCGCUGAUAAGAAAGAAGCUAUUUCUGAUUCUAAACACAAAACGGAAAUUACAACUCAAGUGGAGUCUACAAGUAAAGUAGACGUAACACAGAAGAAAGAAAGUAAGAAAAUUUCAAUUGUGAAAGAAGAAGUCAAGAUUGAAGCUCAAGAACAAGCUACUCCCGUGAAGCAGCAAGUUAAGGGAAAAGACGAGGCCAAGCCCAAAGCCAUUGCUCCUGGAACGAAGGUAGAGGCUAUUAAACCAGAUUCUGUUGCACCUGUUCCAAAGUCAGAAGAGUUGCCCAAAUCGGUGGAAGAAGUUAAAAUCAAGGAAAAACCUAAAAAGGAAGGUAAACCUAAAGAAUCUAAAUCGAUGGCAGAAGUAUCUGCGCCUUCCAAAGAAAAAGAUAAAUCUAAAAAGGAGCCUGUCAAGAAAGACUUACCUAAACCUGAUGCUGUUAAGGAUGAAUCCAAACCAAAAUCCAGUCCCAAGGCUGAAGAAAAACCAAAGGACUUGGACAAGGUUGCGGAUCAGACAAUUCCUGAAACCACAAUUAAAUCAAAUAUUCCGGCAGAGUCUAAAAAGGAAAGCAAAACUAAAAAUGAAGUCUCUGCUACAAAUCAAGUGAAAUCGCAAGAUAUAAAUAUCGAGAAAGUGGAGGAACUCAAUACGGCUAGUCAAAGUUUAAAGAUGGCCGAGGAAGUAGCAGCUAAAGAGAUAAAAUCAAAAGUAGACUCGAACAAAAAAGACAUUGGCAAGAGCAAAGCACAAAGGGAAAGGAAGGAGGAGGUCAAAUCAAAGGAAAGUGAAAAACUCGAAUCGGACAACGUCAACAAAAAAGUUGAAAAAGUUUUCAAACCGGAGAACAAAACAAUCCAAAGUUCUGAUAAAAUUUCUAAAAUCGAAGUUCCGUCUAAUGUUGUAUCGGUAUCACGUCUUACAUCCGCGCCGGAAAAUAAAGAGGUCGGAAAAGCUCUGAUUAUUCAAAAAACCGUAACCACCGUGACUACAACCACAACUGGUUCCGAGGAAAUAAAACCGCCCGCCGUGAAAUCCGUUAAAUCAAUUGAAAUAUUAGAAAACGUCCCAUUACCCAUAACCGUAGGUUCAAAAGAGACCGAACUUAUUUCCUUACGUCCUGAGAGUGUAGAAGCUAGUCUCGUCACAACUUAUGCCAGGGUCGCGGAACGUCCCGCCGCCAUUACAGAAUCUUUAGAUCAGGCUACAAAGACCAGCAGCGUAGGUCAGAUUAGUGAACAUGAUAUGGAAGUAUCGCUAGCCGAAGAGGCUCCAUUGUUUGGUAGUGUUCAGGAUAGAAAGAAGGAUCAUUCGAAAUCGGAAAGUACUAGCUCAGUAGAUGUUAAGAAACCGAAAAAGGAGGAGAAGAAAGUUCAGUUGGAAGAACUGAUAGACUUGACCCCGGAGGAGGAAGCUCUUAUGAAGACUAUGGAAAAUAAGUUGAAGAAGAAGAAGAAGCGUCCAGCAUUGCCGGAUGAAUUUAUGAUAAAAGAAUCGCAAAAACUGGUAGUUGAAGAAGCUACUGUUAAUGUACCUGUUUUACAGGAUACUCAAGCUCAAGUUGAAAUUAAGGCUGUGGUUAAUGAAAAAGUUAAGGUUGAAUCGGUUGUUGAGAAACAGGAAAAACCUGUGGAUGUUGUUAAAGAAGAAGUGUGUAAGUUAGAGUUACAGAAAAAGGAGGUUGUUAGUAUUGUAAAGGAAGAUAAGAAGCUAGAUGUACAAGUAGUCCAAAAAGAUUUCCAGGACGUCCCUGGAAAAUCUGAAAGUGUAGUAAAUCAGAAAGAUGAGGCACGAUUAGAAAUAGAAAUUGCACCUAAAGAUAAGAUUGAAUUUAAGGAUCAGGUAAAGUUAGAAGUCGAAUCUCUGCAGCCAAAUAUAUCAAAUAAAGAAAUUGAUUCUGAGAAACAAAAUGAGAAGAAGCAGGAACAGGUCAAGACUGAUAGGAAGAAAAAACUUGAAUCUCUUCCAAAAGAUGAACAGAAACAGGCGAAAGAAACUGUCGCUACUCCUCAGAAAUUGGAACAACAAGAGGUGACGAAAAAUGAAGAAGUUGCUCCAAAGGAUGUUGUUAAAUCGGGAGAACAGGACAAGGUUUACAUCGGUAGACCGGAAUAUGCGGCUGAUCUUAUCAAAUCUUAUUGGUUGGAAUAUCAUCUUUAUGGUGAAGCUGAAAGUAAUUUCCAUCGAAAUUACAAAGUAGUCAAAACUGUACAGAAACCAGAACCUCCGGCUUCUCCAGCGCCAAGAGAAAAUGUGACUAUCGAAACGAUCGUACACGAAUCCAAAAUGAAGAAUACUGAAGUUGACUCGCCUCCAGUACAGGAAAUUUCCGAUGGUGAAUAUAGGCUUUUGGCACUUGCUAAUGAAGUUCCAAAAUAUUCCAUGGCCAGUUUUUACGAACAUGAAGCUCGGUGGGUUGAACAUAUUCAGGAUAAAAAUGUUGAAUCUGAACAAUCUUCCACCGGAGAGAGGGCGAAAUCUGAACAAUCUUCGACUGGAGAGAAGGUGAAAUCUGAAUCAUUGCCAGUUGAAAAACUUAUGCCGGAAUCCUCCCCAAUAGAGAAGGUUAAUCCGGAACCAUCUCCGCCUGAAAAAAUAAAGCAUCAACCAUCUCCAGCUGAGAAAGUGAAGCCUGAACUAAUUCCAGGGGCCAAGAUUGAGUCUGAACCGACUAUAACUAUGAAGGAGAAGGCCUCUCCAGUUGAGCAAGUAAAACUUGAAACAACUCCAGGUGACCUAGUGAAGCCAGAACCAUCUCCAGCCGAGAAAGUGAAGCCAAAACCGACUCCAGCUGAGAAGGCGAAGCCUGAACCGACUCUGAGUGAGAAGGACAAACCUAAACCCUCUCCAGUUGAGCAAGUGAAACUUGAACCAACUCCAGGUGACAAAGUGAAGUCUAAACCAUCGCCAGCUGAGAAAUUGAAGCCAGAACCGACUGCAGCUGAGAAGGCGAAGCCUGAACCAAUUCUGAGUGAGCAGGUGAAAACUGAACCGAUUUCAGCUAACAAGGUUAAGUCUGAAUCAACUCCAGCUGCGAAGGUGAAGCCUGAACCAACUCUAGGCGAGAAGGCUAAGUCUGAGCCAACUCCAGCUGCGAAGGUUAACCCUGAACUAGCUCCAGCUGAGAAAGUAACGUCUGAACCGACUUCAGCUAAGAAGGUUCCUGAGUCAUUCGCAAUUAAAGAGAAGGUAAAAGCUGAUGCAUGUCCAGUUGAAAAGAAUUUGAAGUCGGCAGACCCAUCUCCAGUUACAGAGAAAGAGAAAUCUCAACCAUCUCCAAUUGAAGAGAAGAUUAAGACGAAACAAUCUCCAAAUGAAAAGAAGAAGCCUGAAUCAUCUACAGUUGAAAAGAAGAUUAAAUCGGAACCAUCUCCACUUAAAGAAAAGGUAGAACCUAAACCAUCAAUUUCUGCCGCUGCUUCGAAAUCUGAUAAACAGACGGAUGCUAAAGUUCAAUCUAUACUCGAAAAGAAGACUGAAAUUAUUGAAGAAAGUGUAGUUUCUGAAAAAACUAUGACUGUGAGUAAAGUAGAUAACAAGACGCAAAUGUUAGAAAACAUAGAAAUUCAAUCUAUGAAGGAAAAGAAGCCAGAACUUACACAAGAUAAGUCUAAGCCUGUUCCUGCCGAGGAUAAAAAGGCCGAAAAAGUAGCAAAAUUGCCCGAAGAAAAACAGUCUCCUAAUAUAGAGAAUGCAAAUCAAUCUAAACCUGCAGAUACGGCAAAGCCCGUUCAUUUGGUAUCCGACGACUCUUGGAUGAGUAUAUUGGAUGAACCCAUGGUCCUUGAUGACGAUGAUGAUUUUGACAAACCUCAUAAUGUGCCGGUAAAAUCGCCAAAGGCGAAAACGGUAGAAGUGAUGCUUCCUUCUACUAGUGUUACCUCAGCGGUAACUACUGAAAUAACCUCGAUGAAAGAAAAAGACAAAGUUGAUAAGAAUAAGAAGAAGCAAAACGCACCGGACAAGGCUGUUGCGGAUCUCAAGGAAAAAUCUCAAACGGACAAGAUUGAAAAGGAAAAUAUUGAUAUUGCUGGAAGCAUGAAAAAUGAGAAAAAAGACACAAAGAAUCAUCAGGCACCAGAAAGAACUGUAGAAGGACCUAAGGAAGAACCGAAGGUACAGAAGAUUGACAAAGAAAAGGCGGAUGCUCCAAAAGUCAAAAAAGAUAAGAAAGAAAAGGCAGCAGAAUCGCCUAAAGAGAAGACGGAGGCAGAAAAGGCACAGAAGGAAAAGACUGCUGUUACAGAUGUUACGAAAACUUAUUUGAAAGAAAAGAAAGACUUGCAAGUUUUACAAAAAACUGUAGAAACGUUUAAAGAGCAAGUGGCAGAAACUGCUGUAGAAACACCUAAAGAACAGACAAAGUUGGAUAUUCCGAAGGCAAAGCCAGAAGAUAAGAAGAACAAGAAAGAUGUUCAGGCUCAGGAACAGAUCGCAGAUAUAAUCAAGGAAGAAUCGAAACAAAAAGACAUCCAAAAAGUUGAGAAACCUGUUCAACAAAUGCCCAAGGACGAGAUCAAAUCCGUAGAAAAAGAACCGAAGAAACAGAUUGACCAGGUUGACAAACCUCAGGUUCUUGAAAUUCAGGACCAGGUGAAAGGCAAAAGUAUAAAGAGUAAAGAUCAACCAAAAGAUCAAAUAGCACCAGUAUCCAAGGUUGAAGAGAAUAAGCAAAUUCAGAUUAAACAACAAAUAAAUGUUACUGCCGUUGAUAUUACAAAUGGUCGACAGGAGGAAAUGGCGCAUUUGAAUUCAGAAUUAAGACAGGAAGUAACACAGGUAGAAGCACCUGUAGAAAAAUCAAAAUUAGUCCACCUGGUAGCUGAUGAUUCAUGGAUGGACAUACUAGAUGACGAUUUUGUUAUGGAAGACGACGAUUUUGAUGAACCGGAAGUUCCUAAGACCAAGGAAAAACCCGCAGAUAAAGAACCUGUUGCAAAAGGAAAGGAUGCAAAGAAAGAUAAGAAACCGGAAAAACCUCAAAAAGCCAAACCAAGUGGUAAAGAAGAAAAAACUAAAAAAGAGGAAAUUGUAGAAAAUGUUUCGGAGAAAAAUUCUUCAAAACUCGAAGAAUCAAAACAAGAAGUUACUGUUGCACCUCAAACACUUGAAGAGCCAACUCAAUCAUCGGCGGAGAAGAAACCUGUUUUGAAAGAGCUUGAAAAGCCAAAAGCAGAUACAAAAUCUGCGAGGGGCAAACAACUUAAAGAGCAACCUGAUAAAAAAGAUGUACAGGAUUCACCUAAAAAUCAGUUAAAACCAAAAGAAGAAAAGGUACUACCAAAAGAUGCAGAAUCGACAAUACAGGACAAGGUCAAAGAAGACAAUAAACCAGGAAUGAAGGAUACAAAACAGGAAGUUCCUGUCGAACCUAAGGAUACGAAAUACAAGGGACUACAAAUUAAAGAAGAAUUAAAGGCUGUGCCAAAGGAAGAAAUAAAAUCUGGACCAAAGGAUGUAAAGCCUAAGGAGCCAACACUACCCGAUAAAAAAUCAAAGGAAAAAUCUGAACCCAAGAAAGAUGCAAAACCUGUACCUCAGGUUACAAAAUCAAAUGAAGAAAUUAAAAUCACAAAGGAAGACAUUAAAUCUACAUCGAAGGACACAAAGGUAAAAACAAUUGAAAAAGAAAGUUCAAAAUCAACGGAAACUAUAGAAACGAAAGAAGUUACAAAACCCGUAAUUCCAGAUGUAGAACUUAAAAAACAGGUUAAACCAAAAGAGGAAUCUAAAUCAAAACAGGAACCCAAAUCCAAAAAAGAGCCAGCUCCAGUUAUUACACAGAAAUCUAAAGAAGAUUUAAAAUCUAAAGAGCAACAACCUUCGUCAAGUAAACCAUCCGAAGUUGAGCAAACGACAACAGACGCUCAAAAAGAACAAAUUGUAAACGAAGACGCGCCCAAGUAUGACGUUCGACUUAAUCCAAAUGCUAAAUCCUGGGCAUCCAUUGUUGGUAUCAAAGACUCCGUGGAAACUACUACUUCAAUUAAAACUGAAGUAGAAACUUCUCAAAGUAUAGAAGUCGUGAAUAUUCCUACUGCUGAAGAAUCAACUGCAUCUUCUACAAAUAUAGAGAAUGUUGUAGUACCUGUAGAGAAGUCACCAGUAAUUCCUCCACCGAAAUCAGAACCUCAAGAACAACCUGUGCAACCGAAAUCACCCAAGCGACCCAAAAAGAAAGAUAAUACCGAAGUAAAACAUACUCAAGUCGAAGUACGCGAAGAUCCUAAUUUGGUUGUCGAGAAAGCAGUCACACCUCAACCGUCGACGAUUGAAGUUGUGUCUAAAGAAAAUGGUAAAUCAUAUGCAGCAGUUGUUGCGUCUUCACAACGAAACUCGCCACAACUUCGACAAGAAGAAGUCACAAUACUGAAACCGCAGGCAUUGAAAACCGAAUCGAUUGAAGAGACGAAGAGCAAAAUAUCUCAAGAAAGUAUUGCUUCUUCAUCCUUAGAAAAAAGUGUUGGAGAAGCUGACUCAAAAGUACCCCAAGAAGAGAUACUUCCAAGUAUAGGGAAACAAGAGCUUCCUGUAUCUUCCGAAGUAACUUCCGUCCAGGAGUUCUUGAUGCAGGAACAGAAAGAAUCGAUCAGCGCAGGUUCGUUGAUUUGUCAAAGUGAAGAAGUGGUCCCUCCGCCACCUAAAGAAAGUAUCAAGACCAAAGAGCAGCCCACACUUUGGGCUGAUGAAAUUGAAGAAACUCUUAAUUUAGAGUCACAACCAGUUAUCACACCUGAUGACACGAAAAAGGUCAAGUCCAGCGUUUCCGAUUACGAAAGUUUCCCUAAACAAGAAACAUUCUCAUGGGCUGCCAUAGCGGCUAAGAAACCUUCUGAAACUCCUGAACAUGUCGUUAGUGUAACUACCGAGCAAAUCGGUAUCACUCGUGAACGUAUUCCCGUACAGCGACCUCCGCCUGCAGUACAGAUUUUUGUAGAAGAAGUGCCGGAAAUAGAACCAAUAGAAAAUAUCGUAGAAGUUGAUGAUCAGGGCUUUAUGGAGUUUGUGAAUCGUAAGGAAUUGCGCUCGCGUAGGUCAAGGUCGCGUUCUCGUACUGAUAAUCGUGGCGAUAAGGUACCGUCCCAAACUCGCGAGCAUAAUGUAGAUCAGACCUCAAGUAAGACUGGGGAUUCGGUAGAAUUGUCCAAGAGUGAGGAUAGUGGUAAGGUUGAUAAAAAAGACAUUUAUUCUGAGGAGGCCAAGUCAAAGGAUGUGGCUGAACCUAAAAACAAAGAGCAGCAGGUAGAGAAAUUGACAGGAAAGGCGCAGAAUCAAAAAUCUCAAAAACAAAAGGAAAAAUCCAAGACUAAAGAGGCAACUAAAUCUGUUGAAUCUGAAAAACCAAAGCCAGUGGAGCAGGUGAAACCAAAAGAUACUGCAAAGUCGAUGGAUAACAUUCAGGAACAAGCUCAACAAAUUGAAAAAGUAGAAGGAUCUAAGGGCAAAAACAAGUCUAAGGGAAAGAAGGAUGGUGAAGUUAAAGAAACCAAAUCUCAACUUCCAAAGGAGUCUGCGUCUGAUGUUCCACUUCAGGUUGACGUGGCACAGCAAGAUCAAGUACUCACUAAAACUCUGGAGCAAGAGAAGCCUGAAGAAAAGGUAAAGUCUAAAGGUAAGGGCAAACAAAAAGUAAAGGCUGUAGAAAGUGACUCCAGUAUAAAGUCUGAUGCUGAAGUAAAUAAAGAAGUUAUACCUCAAAAGAAGACAAUUCCUCAAGAUGAAAGUAAAUCUGCUGAGACGAAGCAACUAGAUACGAAGUCCAAAAAGGGUAAGUCCAAAAAAGGUAAAUCUGAAAAGGAACAAGUGAAGUCUGAAGUUGAUUUGAAAAUUAAGCAAGAUAAGAAGGCUGAAACAGUAUCUGAAACUGAAGUACAAAGCAAACAGGAAGAGAAGUCUAAAGAUGACAGCAAACCUUUGGUUGAUACUAAAGAUCAAGAAGCAGAGAAAAAGCCUCAAGAUAAAACCGAGGAUAAAUCAACAACUAAAAAUAAGUCGAAAGCAAAGAAAGGGCAGAAAUCUGAACCUACAAUUGAUAUUGAAUCCACAGUCAAAAGUGAAGCGCAGGUUAAUAUUGUCGAAGACAUAAAAUCAGAGAAAACAGACAAUCUCAAAAUUUCAGAAAAGACUUUAGACAAGGUCAAUCCAGAUGAGAAGGUAAACAAGGAUGUAAUUAAAGUAGAAAAGGAAAUAAAGGUAGACACAAAGGAUUCGGGUUCCACUGGAAAAUCUGAAGAAAAAUCCAAGGCAAAAACCAAGUCAAAAUCCAAAAAAGAAUCAUCCGUAGCUACUCCUGAGGCUAAAACCGAAUUAAAACUUGAAGAUAAAAAAAUUGCUGCUGAAAUUAAACCAGUAUCUGUGAUUGUAGAAAAGCUUGAUAAAGAACCUCAGGUUGAAACUGAUAUGAAGUCUGUAAAAACUGAGGUUGAGAAGGAAAGUAAAAGAGAAAUAAUUGCACACAAGGAAGAAGAAGUAAAAACGAAACAAGAGAAACCACCAACUAAAGAAGCGAAAAAACUGGAGAAAGAGAAAAUUCAAGAUAAAAAAGAUUCAGCAACCGUGAAAGAUGUAAAAUCUGUUGUGGAAAAAACGCAAAAGGAAUCAUCCGUAGAUACAAAGAGUAAAGAAGUAGUCACAAAGUUGGACGAAUUAAAGUCUACUGACAAGCCUAAAGAAAAAGAUGACGCUAAGCCUAAAGUGGAAGAAAAACCGAAAGAGGACCAAGGAAAAACAAAGCCUGAUAAAGAUUCGAAGAAGGAUAAUCCUGUUGACGAUAUAGUAACUCCCAAAAAAGAGAUUGAGCCUAAAGAGAAAGUUGUGCAGGCUGAACAAUCUGUGCCUGAGGAAAAAUCUAAGCAAAAGGGUAAAUCUAAGUCGAAGAAAGGAGUCCCUGCGGAAGCGGUAAAAACAACAGUUUCCACAGAGAAACAAGAAGUUAAAGAAAUUCCCAUAGUUGAUACAGAAAUUAAAACUCAGGAUAUUGUUAAGCCUGAUACGAAUGUAGAAAAAAUCACUUUGACAAAAACAACAGCUGUAACGACUGUUCAGUCUCAGGAAAAAUCAGAUGUUCUCAAUGUAGAUAAAUCUAAGCCCGAAGUCAAGGAAACACAGGAAUCGCUUAAAAAAGAUGAGAAAGCUGUAAGUGCAGUUGAGCAAAAUGUCAACAAAGAGUCAGAGAACAAGUCUAAGCCUAAAAAAGAUAAGUCUAAGCCUGAUACUGCUAAAAAGACACAGGUCGAAAAGGUAGAAAAGUUACCUGAAGAUAAACCUGAAGACAAACCGCUUGUUAAAGUAGAGAAUGCAGACCAGGCUAAACCUGCAGAUGCGCCAAAGCCUGUACAUUUGGUAUCAGAUGACUCUUGGAUGAAUCUGUUAGAUGAACCCAUGAUCAUCGAUGAUGAAGAUGAUUUUGAUGAGCCUGAUAAUGUACCAGUAAAAGCGCCACAGAAGAAAACUGUAAAAGUAAUUAAUACUUCUAGCAGUGCUACUUCAGCUGGAAAGCAGGAAAAAAUCGCAGAAAUAAAGAUGGCAGAUGAAAAAUCACCGAUUGCUGAAAAAUUGAAAGCUGAAGCUACUUCCGAAGUAAAGAUUGAGGGAGAACGAAUUAUAGAACAAAAACUGAAAGAAUCAAGUAAAUCUGAAAAGAAGGCUGAAGAGAAACCUGAACAGUCGAAAUCUAUACCGGAAAAGAAAGCUCAAGAAAAUGUAGAACAGUCAAAAUCUGUACCUAAAAGGAAAGCUGAUAUAAAAGAUGAAGCGACGGAAAAAGAACCUAAGGACUUGAAUAAGCCUGAAUCUGUACCUAAAACAAAAGUUGAAAAAUCGAAGCCGGAAACGAUAAAGGAACCAGAUGAAAAAUCAGGCAUGAAAGAAGAGAAGCCUAAAAAAGUUGAGAAAUCUCCAAAGGCACCGGAACAAAAAUCUGAACAACAGCCCAAAGAAGGCCAACCUAAAGAGAUAACGGAACCAAAACCAGAAAAACAACAACUUGAACCCAAAAAGGAAGUUCAGGUCAAAUCAGAAGAAAAACCAAAGGAACCUCCUAGCAAACCCGUUCAAAUGGCAGAACCUAAACCCAUAAUAUCCGACACAAAAACAGAAGCAGAACAAAAACCCAAAGAAGACCUAAAGGUAGAACAAUCACAAGAAGUUCAACCAUCUGAACCUAAAUUAAAGUCAACAAAAGGUCUAAGCCCAAAAACACAAGCUCUAAAUCUCGUGGAAGUUCUUCCAGAACAAAACGACUCAUUCCAACCAACCGAAAUCGACUCAGUCAGCAUACCUGAAACAGAAAGCACAAAGGCAAAAGUCCAAUUUUACAUAGACGACGAAGUUGUCGUAGUAACAAAGGAUGACAAAAAACCUACCAAACCUAAAGAGCAACCCAAAAUUCCGCUACCGGAAUUAAUAUCACUCGACGAAGGAUUCUGGGUGAACAAACGAUCUUAUCACGAAGCAGAGCGUGAUCUCUUUGAGAGCUUGGCCUCCCUUAAGAAGAAAUCACUAAAAAUCGAAACCAAAAUAGAAUCCCACGACGAGGGUCCUCAUGACCGCGACAACGACGGUGAUUCGGACGGCGGAAAUUCAGGUGGCGGAAAUGGUCCCUCUGACCCGUCCUCUAAAUCGGGAAGUAACAUCAACGCACCACAUACGGAACGUCUCGUAGCCGAUUUACCGGGUGGCAUUUGUAGUUGGAGUGACUAUAGCACAUACUUAGCAACAGAGACCGAUGGGCAGGGAGAUGAGAAGCUUGAUCACACUUCGCAGCUCGUGCAUAGAAUGACCGAGGACCUUAUUACGGAUAUCGACCUCCCUGAAACAAAACCCGAUCCCUUGACCUUUACUCCCGAACCUGAGUCCUCACUAUCUCUAGGUAAUGAGACACUACGAAGCGUGCAGCAGUGGAGUUCCACUCGACAAGUGGAGAGAGAGACAGAGGCAACAACGGAAGCAAAAAGGAUCCAAAGGAUCAAGGACACAAUUGGCGAGGAUCUCGAUUCUCUGAGAGCAGCUGUAGCCCAACUGGAAGAAGCUCUAGGUUUCCUUCCUAGAGAUAGUCUACAGUCAAUGCUAUCUGCUCUAGUGACAAUACUGGCUGACCUCCAACUAUACGAUCAGGAAGCGACUCGGCUCUACGAAGAGCUGAACAGGAUCCCUGCGGAUUCUGAAACACAAAAGUUAUUCGCUCUCCUGGCUGGAAUUCGUACUCGCAUAGUGACUCUUCUGUCGCAAGCAGAACAAGGAACAGCUGCGGUUGAACAAGCACGAGGAAUUCAGGAACAACGUGAACACGAAGUACGAACCUAUAGGAUCUUCCUCGACGAGACUGACACCUGGUUGCAAAAUAUCAUCGCCACAUUUAAUCAACAGCAAUCCCUAACCGGAUACAAGGCCUUACAGGAAGAGUUGAUCAUCCGUACGCAAAAAGUGAGCGAAUUGGAAUCACUGCCGGAAGUCAGUGUUUUGGCAAAGAGUCUUAAGGAAGCCUUGCUGGAAAUGACGUCACGUCUUCAACAAAAGCAGCAGGAGAUCGCCGACGAAGAGGAGUCGGUACGAGCUGAAGACGAAACAACGGACCCCGACGACGCAACCCUCGACCAGGCAUCCUCGAUCCAUUCCUCCCUUGAAGAGGGUCCGCCAUCGCUAGCAGACGUAUCCCUUCAAACUGGUCAAAGUUUACUCCUAGACUAUGCACAGGUCGAGCCCAAACCUGCUCAGUUAACAAAACAAACUUCAACAUCCCAAAUUCCAGUAUCGAAAACCUGUCAGACACUGAUGACCGAAGCUACCUCAGCAAUAGCUACGACAACCGAGAGUCCACAGACCCAGGAGACGAUUAAGGUUCGCAAGAGCACGGACGGUAGUCACGAUAUUAUUGAAAUAGCAACUAAAAAUGUGCCAUCGAGCACGAGCUUGGAGUUGAUACGUCGUGAGCAAUCCGGAGCUGUUCCCGACGACAUAGUAGUGGACAUGAAGUAUCAGGACGCUCAGAAGAAGGAAAGCGCAACGUCUGAGCUCAGCAUACAACAUGCUGCACCACAAUCCUUCGAGACUAUAUUAACAGAGCCUGAUGACGUGACGACUGAGGUCGUCGUUGAUGCGGAUGGUACCAAGAGGAUUAUUGUGAAGAAACUUCGGCGUACUUUGGUGACCAGUCGGCAAACAACACAGCAACACGUGUCAUCAUUGUCCACGGCUGUUGGAGAUGGUCCACCAGUUGUUCAGGCGUUUUCAGAAGCUACCAUGAGAGGUCAACAGGUGACGGUUACAAGGACGAGACCUGAUGGCACUGUGGAAUUGUCUACGACGCAGACCUAUGGUGGUCGUGUUACCACGGGAACACCUGGGGAUGAAGUUAACGUAGAGGAAUUCGAAGCUCCACCACAGUAUACUCAUCAGGUGAUCCAGGGUGAUAUUCAGGAUCUGGGACCGAAGAUAAACGAGGGAGACGAAGUUGUUAUUGAUGGCGGCGAGUAUCAGACUACAACUUCUAGCGUGCAUGCUACUGUUCAGCAAGUAACCAGACGUACUAUCAGAAAGACUAAACGUAUUAUACGUAAAGUCACUAUUAUCGAUGGUAAGGAGACCACUACCGAAGAGGUUAUCGAGGAGCCGGAGGAAGUGGAAAUCGAUGAACAGGACAUACCGCACAUUAGUAUUAAUGUUACUAAGAGUGAAGAGCAAAAGACGUUUGAUGGUAGCAAGAUACCAAUGGAAUUCGGUACUUUGGAAAAACAAGUUGUGGAACAGGAACGGGAGAGAUUAGCUCCUACCGAUAAGGAAGAGAAGCAGACUGGUCCGGAGACUUUUUCAGAACCAUGUACUCCAGAUAGUCCCAUGCAAGGCCCAUUCUUUGGUCCCUUUGCAAAAGACAUGACACCAAAGAGCUCGGAAUCACGAAAAUCCAAAAAAUCUUCAAAGGCAGCUAAGGUUGAUAAGAUAGUUAAAGAAGAACCAACUGCCGAUACGGAACAACCUUUAAAGACGGAUAUUACUGAGGCAUCGAAACCAGAAGAGACAAUAACAACUGUCAAAAUUUUAACAGGCGAUUCUCCAAAGACUGAGUCUGCAGUGUCUAUGGAAGAGAAGAAGAUUAUUGAAAGGCAACAAUCUGUUACUUCAGUUGAGUCAGAAACUGUAAAAGAUGAAAGGACUGGUACCGAUACACCUGUAGCAAAAAUUGUAGCCGAUGAUAAGAGAGCACAACCCACUGAUAAACACGAAUGCGAAUAUUUCCCGAUAGAGGUAACUGAAGAAACAGAGAAAAUGGUAGACGUUGAUAGCCAAAAGCUAAUUAAUGCUGAAAAGUCUGCUAUUUUGCAGACGCCCAUCGAGGAUACGUCAAUUCUUGAACCGAGGACAGAGUCUUCGAUAGAGUCGACACUUGUGGAGGACGACGCCAUCACAAGAGCCACGUGUAAGUCUGAAGAAACACUGACACAGAGCGACGCGCACAAAUCCGAACUAGAAGCAGGCACGGUAGAUGUAGUACAGCACGCAGAUGAUAGCUACACUGUAGAGGCUGAUUACGAUUAUGAUAAAUCUGUAAUCCCUAUCGUAGAGGUCCAGAAAUCACCUGAACAAGAUAAUACAGUAUUGCCUCAAGUACCUGAAACUAAAUUACAAGACACCCUACCGUCACUUCUGGUAACCUCACAGCCUGAAGGGAAGAUUGAAUCUCAGGAGGACUUACGCACUGCACAAGUUAAGAAAAUGACAGAUCAAUUAAUCCCUGAGACUGCUCAAAAACCUGAAAUCGUAGAAAUAAAGAAAUCGGAAACUUCAUUACCAGCUGUAGAUCUAAAAGAUAUUGUAACUUCCACAAGUUCAGUUGUUCAAUCUCAUGAAUUGGUUAAAUCGGUUGCGAAGAUUCAGGAAACUGUUGACAUUGUACCGUCUGAAGUGAAGGAUGUUAAAAUUCCUGAAGCUGUUCAAAUUAAGCAGAUUGAUAUCAAGGACACGGGGCUUCCAGUACUUGAAGCUUUUGAAAGUAUUCCAAAGAUACAACUGCCACGUAUUGAUGAUUUCUUAGCUCGUGAACGGGAUGAAGUUUCAAAAGAAAUUGCCCUGAAACCUGAAUACAAACCUGCAGUGCAAAAGGUCGAGAUAUCCUUAUCCGUUAAAAAGAAAGAUGAAGAUUCGGUACCAUCAGUGUUUGUAAAAGCUCAAGCGGAGAAACCAGAAGUAGCACCUUAUCAUAUCAUCAACGAAGACGUAGAUAUCCAAUUACCAGCAGAGAAGGAGACGAUUCAGUUGAUUCACAACAAGAUUGUCCAAACUAGCGCUUUGUCCACGGCUGAGAAAGAAACUGAAACAGCUUACGAAGUAUCAACAGCUGAAAAAGAAACCGAAACGCACUAUGAGGCGUCUGAAAAGAGCGAAUGUGAAUCCGUAACGAGUAGAAAAAGUCGAAAAAAGAAAAAACACAAGAAUAGAACUGAAACGCCUGAAAAAUUACAAACCGAGGAAUCCAGCAGCUCCAUCACUACGACCAUUGCCGACUCUAUUGAUAUUAAUGUUCCGUUAUCUGAUUCUUCAAAGCAUUCCACUGAACAACCGCAACCUGAUAUUAUGGAAAUAACUGAAAAUUCCUUAUCGUUGUCAACAUAUAGGGAUGAAACUUCAGAAAGAGAUCAUGGGUAUGAGCCUGACGACAAGACGACAGUUGACGAACUAUCGUUAGCUGAUGAUGAAGAUCACGCAAGAAAGAAGAGUAAGAAGAAGAAGAAGAGAAAGCAGAAAGUAAAAACGACGAAGGAAGAGGAGUCCACAACGCUACCUAAAACAACAACGGAUGAAGCAGAGUUUACUGAUGAGGUAUUGUCUGUUGAUACUAAAGAGAUGAAACCAGACAAUAAGAGUAAGAAACGAAAACGUAAGAAGGACGAAGGAGCAGCUGGUGACCAAACUCCGGACGAGGAAGAGGAGGAAGAAGAAGAAGAUGAAGAAAUUCAUCUUGAACGACCAGCUGUAACAGUAAAUGAAACGGAUACUCAGACACUUUUGGAAACCCGAGAUGUUUCUGUUGGUAGUGUUACGUCUGAAGUUGCAGAAAAUGUCGCAAGCUCGGCACAAACUUCUCCUGAACCUAUUGUCCAGGUACUUGAACAAGAAGUUCAAACAACCAAGUCCGACGAGAUUCAUACAGAGAUCCAAACGUCACCACCACCAGUUUUGGAUACGUCUAUUCAAACAAUUGAGGAACAACCUCGUGAAGUUGAACAUUCAGCGAUGCAAACUGUCACGCCUAUCGCCACACCUACUGAAGAAGGCGCUGUGCAAACUAGCCCUAUUGAUGAGGAAAAACCAAUUCCGGAAAAGCCAGACACCGAAGAGAUUCAUGUACAGACUGCAGUUGUAGAAUUUGGUAGUACGGAAGUUCAAACUUCUCCUGUGAAAGAGAUACCAACUACUGAGAUACAGACUCAAACGAUUACUCCUGAACCAACUGUUGAGGUACAACAACAAACAACUCCAUCACCUGUUUCUGAAAAGAUCAUCCUCGAAGAUGCAGCCAUGCAGACAAUUACUCCAGAUAUCAUUUACACUGCUGAAAUUGAUAUCCAAACAAGUAAACCAACUAGUCCCGAAGCUCCUCCGGUCGAGGAUAGUCACGCACAAACCGAAGUGCCUGAACAAAUUCCUCUAGAAACCACUGAAACGCAAACUCUUCCACCUAAAGAGAGAACUGUGGAGACUCAGGAUACUGUAACGCAAACCAAGUCACCUGAACCAACUACCGAAACAACGAUUCAAACUAGUCCAAUUGAAAGUCCCCGACCAGCUGCUAGUUCAGAAUUGUCGGUUCAAACUAGCGUCGAGGAAACAAAAGAAAUUGCUGACAGUGAGUCACAAACAACUCUUCCGGAAAAGUUAAAAUCCUCCGAUACAUCAGUACAGAUAAACACAGAAGAAUUAAUUCCUACUACUGAACUGAGUAUACAAAGUAUUCCAGACACUGCAGAAAUAAGCGCACAGACUAUCGCGCCUUUGGAAAAGCCUUCAAGUCCAAUGAUUUCUGUAUCUCAACAAACUGUAGUGGACUCACAUCGAGAAUUAGAUACAAAAGAGAUUGUUCCUAAACCAGCUGAAGAAGUAUUUUCUAAGACUGAAGAUUCUGUACAACCUGAAGUACAGGAACCGAUUUCUGAAACACCUAAGAUUUCUGUUGUGACUCAAAUAGAAGUAUCAGAAUCUAAACAAGAUCCUGAAACAAUGUGGGAGCCAAUUGCAGAACCAAUUAUUGAGCCAGCAGUGGAAGUAAAGGAAACUGCGAAAGUUUCAGAAAUUUCAGAGCCCAUAACGCCACGAAUAUCUGAAAAGGAUUCCAUGUCAGAUAGCUCUUUCGAAAUUCAUGUCCAAGCAACAAUCGAAAUACCUGACAGCUUCACUCAAGAUUCGAUCCUAACCGGUAGCGAAGCAACAAUUGAUUCAUCUCAGGCUACAACAAUUACAGAAGAACUAAAUGAGCCAAUUGAAACCCAAGAAGAAGAUGCAGCUAGGGCCGGAAGACGUCAAAAAAGAAAACGGAAGCACAAAACUAUUGAACUUCGAGACAUUUCUCCAGCCAAUAAAGAAAAACAUGAUCUUGGUUCAAUAUUCGGCCAACCAAUCCAGUCUCAGGAAUCGUCCCUGAAACUUUCCUACUCAGACGUUGCCAAAAAAAAUGCGCAACGGCAAAGGUCCACAUCACCUGUCGAAGUUUCGUAUCCACAAACAUCUGGACAUUCAGAUGACGAAUCUCUAGGUAAUAUUGUAAUUGGAAAAGUAAUCACAGAUCUAAGACCAAGUAAGUUAAGACCUAAAACAAAACCUGCAGAUACUCCAGUUCCAAUUUCAGGCGAACAACAACCUCUUACUGAAGCUAUUACAAUUGUGACAUGUUCUGAACCAAUGGAUACUACGGAAGAGACAUUGUCGCCAAUGGAAUCUGUCUUAGCAAAAGAAGAAAGUCCUGCGAAGGUUGAAGUAAAAACAUAUGCAGAAGUAAUAUCUGAAUCCAAAGCACCGAAAAUACCGGCAAGUUCUACGAGUGCGAUGAUGGAGUACGAGAAAGAAGAACUGGCUACACCCUGGGAAGAUAGACUUUUGUUGUCGCAAAGUCCAAGUGCACGUAAAACACCAAGUCCAACUUUGCGUAAAACUCCAAGUCCUACGACUUUACUUCUUGCUGAAGCUCUUGAAUAUGGAAUACCACAGAACCAAGUUGUUCAAAGAACUCAAGCGACGAAGAUAAUUUCUGAUCGACUUCGAAAUACUCAAAAAGCAAAACAAACCACUCAUCUAUCUAACAUAUUACACAUCGCCACUUUGGAUCAGGUAGUACCUGAUGAAUCAGUUGAAGAACGUUGUUCAAAUGUUCACAAAGAACUAGCACAUCUCAGACACGCUGUUGAAGAGAACAAUAUUGUAAUUGUUGAAGAGACGUUGAUCACAAUUGUAGAAACAAUCUCAACGUGGUUGGAAACUAUUGAAUACAGAAUAAUCUUGAGUAGAGAGAAUCCUAACGGUCCUAGUCACGAUGAUACAAAAACAUUCGUUGAACUCAAGGAUGAGAUCAACCACGUUGAAGACAGCGUACAAGAACUGGAUAGGAUUUGGAAGGAAGUCGAGAUGCAAUAUCCUGAAGAGGAACGUCACAGAAUAAAGGAAUGCGUGGACGCUUUAGAAUAUCAAGUAAGAGCAAUUGAAGAUGUCACCAGCGAUGGUGAAAAGUAUACAACUGCUGAAUUAACAAGAUGGGACGAAUUUCUCAAUGGAGUGAAUAACGUUACAAGGUUGGUCGAAGAGCAACAUAAACAACUGAACAACAUAGUUGAAAGCGAAGCAUCGACAGACUGGAAGCUUCAGGAGCUUGAAAAAAUCGAGAACACCAAUCGCUGUCAUAUGUGGAAGACAGGAAAGCUCGUGUCAGCUGCACGUGGUCUUCUGCGAGAUUUCCCAGGCAAGUCAGUUCCAGAGGAUCCUUAUAUUGCACACGAGAUGACCAGGAUCAUCGAACACAACAUUGGCAUCGAGAGAGACCGUCUUCUCCAGUUAUUGGCCCUGGCCGAGGAAUACGAACAGACCCUGCAAGAAUUUGCACAGAUUACACAAAUUGCUGAAAACCUUCUCGACAGUCCAAUAUCCGUAGUGAGCUUGGAACACUUACAAGAAGAGAUGCAAAAGCAUAGAAAGUUCUUCGUCAACCUGAGCCACUGCCGUGCAAUUCUGGAAUCCCUGGAGGGUAAUCUGGAUCCUGAAACAAGAGCUAAACAUUCAGGUCUUCACAAAGAACUACAUGGUCGUGCUACUUCCUUGCUCGAUCAAGCAGCUUGUAGAGCUCAACAAAUGGCAUUGGCUGCCUCCAGAUGGAUACUUCUGGAACAGGGUGUCAAGGAAGAGAGAGGAUGGCUGCAGGUUGCUCAUCAACGCGUUCCGGAUUUACAAACCGUCACGUCAUCGGACUACAAUCAAUAUAUAUCUCUCUAUCAGUCAUUAUCCUCGGACAUUGCCACCCAUCAUGCACGUCUCAUUCAGCUGUUGAGUGUUGCUCGUGGUCUUCAGGAGUUGAUAAACAUUGAAGAUCCGGAAGACCGUUACGGAGAAGCAUUAGAUGUUAUUGUAAAGCUACAAGAUAACGUGGAGUCCUCUCUAAGGAGGCUUCUCGCAUUUCGAGAAAGCUGGGGCACCCAAGAACUCCUGGUGACACGUUUGGAAAAUUGGAUGGUGACAGCGGAACGAGAACUCGCUGCUGUACGUGAUCCAUCCGGUGGACAUAUGCGUCAAUUCUGGGAACUGAAGGCUCAAUAUGAAGUACAUAACAACAUACGUAACGAAGCGGACAACUACUUCGAGCAAGCCCUGAGAAUAAUUCCCUUAUCCGACGAGAUGUUACAAAGACAAUUCCAUGGCGAACUUCAAGAUCGCUGGCACGUGAUCACCGGGAAGAUCAAUGAGAUCCAAGCGGCGGUUACCGAAAAUAUAUCCUCCGAAGAUGUGCCGGUCAACGAGAAGUUGAAGUUGCUCGAGAGGGAACUGAAUGAACUUCGCGUGACGAUAGACGAAUUCCACGGGGUUCUGAAAACCGAGGAAGAGUUGGAACUGUACGUGGAAAGAUUGUCGGUACUCUUCGAGCGCGUUUGCGUUAUACAAGACGAGCUUGGAAGACUUGGACUGUUACCGGCAACCGAAAGUGAAAGGGUCGGGAUCCUGCUCUCGUCUGCGAGACGCAUAGAGAGUCAAAUCGGCGAGGAACUGGACGCUGCGCAACUUCUUCGUGAGAGACUUCAGUCACUUCAGCGUGGACUAGCGCGAGUUCGUCGAGUUCAUCAGAGACAAGCUUCCAUCUUGGAUCAGUGCGAGGGUAGCCAACAUCAGGGCAGUGAUAUUGUGGCAGCAGCCGUUGAUCGCUGUCAAUCAGUUGCCGAAGAGCUGACCAUUCUAUGGCAAGAUCUAAUGGGCCUACGUCAGUUACUUCAUACGUUACCUAUGAGCAUGAGAGUUUCCGUUUCUCCGGUUGGCGUCGAGCGGGAUAUUUCAAACCUUCAGGAUGCUCACACAGAACUGGAGUCUCGUUGCGCACGACUAUUGUCUGUGCUCCGAAAUAGAUUGGCUCUCUGGAGAAGAUUCGAGAGGCAACUCGAGAUGGUUCAGCAGUCUGUACAAGAAGCGGACUACAUGAUGGAACUGCUCACUGUUCAGGGUUCGGUGGAUUACGAGAGAUUGCUCAAAGCGACAGAACGACUGGAGGGUCUCAGUGGCGAUUUGGGCGCUCGCGAAGUUCUAAUCGACGAGCUUCGUGCCGUUGCUGAACCUUUGCGGGAGAGUUGCGCCGCCGAGGUCGGAGAACGUGUAGACGCAGCUGUAAAUGAAGCUGUCCAGGCUUGGGAGGAUACUAAAGCCGAAUUGGACGCCCUUUGCAAUAAGUAUCAGCACGCUGUGAGACUCUGGCAACAAUAUAGGGACGCGACUGCAGCGGUGAACGCCUGGGUCGACACACAAAUGGGCAGCGUGACUAAUCUGCCCCCUGAAGAAGCCCAGAAACAGGUCAAGAUUUGUGAAGAGACGCUGGCGGAACACAAGGAAAGGUUAGCUGAGCUGCAAGGUCUGGUAGCGCAAAUUGCUUCGGACGUCGGCCUGGAAGCUGGUGGACCUUUACACUGCGAGGUCGAGGCUCUUGGAAGACGUCUUGAGGAUGUUCGUGAGACGUUAUCGACCCUGGCAGACACUGCCGAUGCAAGAGCACUCAAUCAAGAAUUGGCUCGUAGUAAUCUCUGCCAGACGAAGAACUUCCUGGACUCCGUUCAGCAGAGUAUCGCUGCGGUUGGACAGGGCGAGUCUAAGGAGCAAUUAAAACUCUUGCGAAAUCAUCUACUCGCGUUAACCAGGACGGAACCGCAACUUCAGUCCAUCAAGGAUCGUCCUUUGGAGACAUCUCAAGAUCCAUCCGUAGUGGAAGUACUUCAGUUAUGGCAAAAAGUCUUCAGGGAAACUUUUCAGCAGUAUCACAGAUUAUCAGCACGCUUAGUCAGGUCGCAGGAUGUUGCAGCUGCACUUCGUUUAUGGCAGGAGUAUCUUGCUCAUGUCCAGGAGUUCCUUUCCAGUGGGGUACCAGGCGAUUAUAGCGGUCUUGCCGAGCACAGACAUCUUUGUGAAGUUCACAAAAACCUCUUGACUGAUCAACAGAAUCUCAUUCUAACAGUCAGAGCUGAGGAAGGUCGAGACCUUUCUGUAACAGAGCAAUUUAAUGCGUUAACGAAUCUUCACAAUGAGACCCUGGCAAAGAUCAUGGAAAGACAUGCAGCAGUUAGGGACAGAUUGUCAUCAUGGGAUAAGUACAGACUAGACCAGAGCAAACUUCUGGCCUGGCUGAAGGACACUGAACGAGAGAGAAGCAGAUUGCAACUCAGAUUCAUACAUUUGCGAAGAUUAGAUAAGGUCCUUCAGAGGAUUCAGGCUCUUCUUGAUAAACUACCCAGUGGUGAAGCUCAGGCGGAAUCCUUGUUGACUCUACAGGAAUCUCUUCUGAUUGAAUGUGACGAGGCACUUGCAGUCUCCAUACGUAUGGAAUAUGCAGCCAAUAUUCAACGCAUUGCUAAUCUACGUGCAAGUCUUGAAACAUGGAAGGACUUUAUUCUAAGGAUACGUGGACUAAACGAACGACACGUGGAACAAACUGCCAAAAUAGCGGAUACCUUCCAGGAUGUCAGUCAGAUACUGAGCACUGCCUUCCAUGCGACACCUGGAAGCCUUGCACAGACACGACAACAGUUGGACUCCCUUCAGCAGUUGAGAGCUAGAUUGAUUGAUGCUUCUACGCAGCUCGAGGCUACUGGUGUUACCACAGAACAACUAAGAGAAUGUCUCAGCCCAUCGGAUAUGAAGGCAUUGAAUCAACACAGUGCUCUUCUUUGGCAACGACAUGGUGAUCUGGAACACCAAUUGGCUCUCCUCGCUUAUAAAUUGGGUGAGCGCUGUGGACUUCAUGGUCGUUGGGAGAAUAGACGUAAUCGAUUAAUUGUUUGGAUGGACGAUGCUGAGGCUAGAAUUAAUAAUUGCGACACGAUGGCUCUGGAUGAACCCGAGGAAGCACUCAAACGAUUGGAAAGUGAGUUGCAGGCUGAAAUGGCUUUGAAACAAAGAGAAUUAGAAUGGCUGCAGAAUACCGGUCAGAAUCUGAUAGACGUGGCGGAUGAACCUGAAAAAGAGAAGCUACAACAAUCUUUGGAUGAAGUAAACGAAAGAUGGAGCCGGUUACUAAAUAUGGGUAAGGCUAGAGCUAAUAAAGUAGUUGAUCUCAUGCAGACUAUGAACACCCUUGAGAUCAGAAUAGCUGAGAUAAGAGCGUGGCUAACCGGAGUAGAAGCACAAUUGGCGGAACCGUUCAUCAUAGAAAAAGGAAAUCAAAGUUCUAUUGAUAAAAAACUUCAAGACCACGAAUGUCUUCAGAAGACUAUUGAGUCUGAGAGUGGUAACAUUGGUGAGGUGCUGAACCUUUGUGAAAUACUUUUGAGUGAUUGUGACGCUUGGAAAACGUCAUUCAAUACGGAUGGCAUUAAAUCCGGAAUGGAGGGAUUGGAGCGUCGAUGGAAGACAACUUGUGUAAAAUCAGCAGAGCGCAAACGAAAAAUCAUGGUGGCGUGGAAGUUGCUGCAGGAACUUGAGAAAAUAAAAAACGAGCAGGAAUCCUGGUUGGUGCAAACAGAAGAGAGAUUAAAAUUCUUAGAGAGUAAUCUUGAUGAGUCAUCAAAAGAUGAAUCUCAGAAGGCUUUGGAGAAGAUAAAAGAAUUGUUGGAUGACAUAGAGGCGCGUGAUUUUGCCUUACAAAUAUUCGAGCAAAGUUACAGUCGCUUAGCGAAAGGAGGCUUGGAACCUGAGAACUUAAAAUCACUCACAGCUGAUAUACGAAAAGUAAUUGACAGAUGGAAUGCCCUUAAAUCCAGAGCCAAUAAUAUACUCUUUGCACUUCAAAGAGAUCAGAAGACAUACCGGAGGUUUAUAUCAGCUCAUGGUGCAGCUGUGGUAGGCUUAACCCAGGUUGACGUAUCUCUAACUAAACUUCAACAUCUCGCGACACCUGAGCAGAAAGCUUCACCGCGAAAAAGGCUGCAACAACUGGCAGAAAUUGAAAAGGAAUUAGUAACUCAGAGUACCAUUCUUGAAGCAGCGGAUAAGUUGGCUCUUCGUGUAAUGCAAGAGAGUCAUCCAGAUGAUGUAGACGCAAUUCAGGAACUAGUGGAUGAGUAUCAAAAACUAUGGGAAGAUAUAAAGACUCGGGUUGCGAAUCUACGUACCCAGAUGGAAGCACAGGAGAGAACCGAAGUUGAUGAAGCUGUUCAGGUUGAAACACUGAAAUUCGAACAGGACACUGCUGUACAGGUGGACACUCUUCCGAGAAUAAUCAGGAUGACAUCACGAGAUGCGUAUUUAAUGGAAUUGGAAGCUGCACUUCGAGAAUGUCGAGGUGCUCUUGAUACUCUCGAAAAUGCUAUUACUCCAGAUCCUUCACCUGGUCCAGGACUUAAUACAGCAGCCAAGACAAUUGCCAAGUUAAUUGGAAGUUGUCAAUCCACGGUGGAGCUAGUCAGGCAUUUACAUGGUCUUCUAAUCGGAGAUGGAAAGCUCAGCGAGGAGGCUGCUAAAGGUGCUGAAGUAACUGCUCUUUCUGCACGAUACGAGGCUUUGUUAGUACGAGCUCGUGCUCGAGAACAGCAAAUCCGGGAACUGAGGUUACCUCUUGCAGACGCUUAUUCUUUCCCAUGCGAACACGAUGGUGGAAGACUGACAUGCCCGUUGUGUUCCCGUCGAAAUUGGGCUCAACUGGACAAUGAUCUCUGGCGAUUAGAAAAAUGGCUGGAGCUUGCUGAAGGUACUCAGAGCGAACAACAUGUCCCACCGAAUGAUAUUGAACAACUGGAGGAUGUAAUACAAGAUCAUCGGGAGUUCCUUCUGAACCUAGACAGUCACAAGAGUAUUGUUGUCAGUCUUAAUAUAGUCGGUACUCAUUUGGCUGAUCAUACUGAAGACACGGAUCGUGCUGAUGAACUACGUGACAGAUUAGCCACAGCUAAUACAAGAUGGGAUAAAGUUUGUCAAGCAGCAGCCAAAUGGCAGACUUCACUUCAACUUGCUCUAAUGGGAAAUCAACAAUUUCAUCGUAUCAUAGAGGAAUUGUUAGCCUGGCUGGCACGAACUGAAAUUUCAAUCAGAGCUAGUGAACCUAUUGACUUGACAGAAGACACUAACAUUAUUCAAACAAAAUACAAUAAAUUCAGAGAGCUACGCAGUGACCUGGAGCGAUGUGAACCUCGUGUCCUGUCCCUUCAGGAAUCUGCCAAUCACUUGUUAGAGGAACAUGGCGAGACACGAGAGCGACUUCAAGAACUGAGAUUAAGAUUGCAAUCGUUACGUAGGCUUACUGGUAUUUAUGCAAUUAAGUUGGGUGCUGUGCUUGGAUUGGAUCCACAGGAUGUUGGUCUUGCAGCUACGACUUCGUCUCUUGCUUCUCUAUCUCGUGAUCUGCUCGACGAUGCUGCCUCUGGAAGUGCUCAACCCCACGACACAGAUGCCACAGAUGGUGACGAAAGAGAUCGGACGGUGUUGGUGCGAGGAUAUCGAUUCUUGGGAAGAGUUUUACGUGCUUCUCUACCUAUCCAAGCACUGAUGCUGUUACUGCUCGGUGUUGCUUCGUUAGUUCCCUCAGCAGAAGAAGAUUACAGUUGCAUGCUCUCUAACAAUCUUGCAAGGAGUUUUACUCCAGUAGUCGACUAUUCUAAUGGACCCCCGCCAUUGUAACAGUAAUGGUGAACAAAUGACUUCCUUUGCAAUGCCAGUUCGUAUAAUUUUAAUUAAACAAACAACAGAAACGGAACAAUAGCGAAACAAUCCUUUUAAAAAGACUCUUAUAUCUUAAUGAACAGACAGAAUUUAUAUUCCCCAAGGAAAGUAAGAUAUUGACGUAUUGUCUCAACAAUUUCUUCGUAAUAUUAUAAUAGUCUUCGCAAUUCCAAGUCACUUUAUAAAUGUAUGCCGAUCAACUUGACUAAUUACUAUCAGGGAUUGUUUAGCCGAUCGUACCAUUUCUUUUUUCAAAAACAAGUGUUACAACAAUUGUCUAGAUAGAGUACGUAGUAAUUUUACACGAAGAAUUUGUACAUAAGUAAUGUAAUGGACCAAUACGGUUGGAAAGAAAAGCGUAACGAUUAGCGAUGGCAUUCUUAAUUUAUUAAAUUUUGUUUUUCUUUUGUACAUUGUAAUCACCGUGCAAUAUCACAAUGCAUACAGCAUUCUUGAGAGCGGAAUCUUAACGAGGCGAGAGAUCAUAAAUUGAUACUUCAUAACAUGACGCAUUAUAUUCCUAUUUCCAAUAAUGAAGACAGAAUGGUAAGUUCGGCUACCAAAAUACACAGUGUGUGAUUAAGAGACAAGGCUGACACACAGACUUUGAUGGAACUGAUUAUUAAAAAUGACUGAAAACAAAUUAUGAUCGAGGAUAAUAACGUUUGAAAAAUUGCAAAAUCAAGAUGAAAGUUUAAUCCUCAGCUGCUAUUUCUGUUACACUGCAUUCGGUGUAAAGUUUGUCACCUCUUGGACGAGAUUAUGCUUUUCCAAUAACAAAAAAAAAAGACAACUACUUCCUGGUGGAAAGCAUAGAAGAGUCGUCUGAUAGUGUAAAAAACAAAUUCAACCUUGAUAUACCGACAUAUUACUUAUAUGCAUUAUUGUAAGCGUUAAUCCCAUUACGCAUGUAUUCCUACUGUACGCAAACAUUCAUACUAGAGGGGAACAAAGGAUACUCGUCUAACUUUAUUUUUUUAAUUCUUUAGUUUAUACAAUAGCGUCCUUUUGAAUUCUACUGUGGGGAGUGGAACACCCAUAGUUGGAUUCAGAAUUUCGCAGAUAGAUUCAAUGGUGCUAUUCCAAUUGCAGUCGACUCUAAUGAGAGAGUUUACAAAUAAUUACGUCGCGAUCACUUAUCGUUGCAAAGUCAAAUAUUGUAGAUAUUUUAAUUUCUACUUACGACUAUGUACAACUACGUACGAAUCGCCUGAUGGUUUCUUAAACGAUGUUGCUGUCCGCCGAGAAUACAAUGAAAAUGAAAUAUUGUUUUGAAACACGAAAUACGAAGAGGUGAAACGAAAUUAUAGGAAUGAAAAAAAAACUAAAACGCACAGAUUAACAAAAGUUAAUUCGUUGCGUGCGAAUACUUACCGGGCAUAUACCCACAACUAGUUACGCUUUCUAAUUUACAAAUUUUUUGCUUAUUGCACAUUGAGCUUUGUUAUGUAUUUUUAUAAAGAAAGAGCUUAUAAGGUGGUGUAUAUCUAUCGAUAUUAUAAUAUAUUGCAAUGAACACAA